AUGCCAAAGACAGGAUAUGCAAGUUCAAGGAAUGUGUCAUUAACAUUACCCUGGUUUACAUAUGGUGAUGAUGAGCUUCAACAUACUGAUUUUCCAGAAUCUCGACAGAGGUCUUUUGAAGACAACAUAGACACAGCCAAAGAUGACUGUAUAAGUGAUUUUAAAAAAAGGUACUCCUUAAUUUAAACUAUUUAUUUCUGAUUAUUCUGAUUUACUAAUAAAUAUCUGUCUAGAUAACAUAAACAUCUUAACUACAAUUUAUUGUUACACUUUUAUCAUGUACUCCCUUGUUAUUCUUCACAGACGCUUUUAUAAUACAACCCUAUACUCCCUUGAUACCGUUACUCUUAAGUCUUUACUGAUUUACUCCCCUACUAGAUCACAAAGAAUCAUUAUACUCUGAUAUUUUUGCCUUCACCUGCCUUACACUGAUAACUGAUUUAAUUAUCCCUACAUAGCCCCCUAGAUUACCUCCUGCUUUUAUGAAGUGUGUACAUGGAGAAGAACCUUGCCAUGUUUUGUCUAAGGAUGAUAAUAAAGGGUUGAUAUAUUUGCACAUCCAUUAAGGAGUUUUUUUUAUGAUCAAUGGAACUGACAAAAGCCUUUUCCAAAUGUCAAAUGUCAUAUCAGUGGAAUGGUCCUUCAUGUGGAGUGUGACAAAACAGCCAGUGUGUUUCAUUAUCAACUUUUUUGUUAUUCCAUUUACAGCACAAUUUUAGCUUAAUUAUACAUUCAGACACAGCACGCUGUAAAUAACCCCAUUUACUAGCCCUAGCAUGAGUAAACAGUGCAAAACAUAGGCUCAGCUCCUAUAUAACUGCCCAGAAAAUUUUGAAUUAAUAAAUUAUACAAAUAAUCAUUGAAACAUUAAAGUGUGGAUCAGGGCAUAAUCAGUUAAAGGAAGACUAUAACGUCAGGAAUGUAAGAUUUACUUGCGUUACUCCAGCACCACCACCUGCAAUGUCAUCUGGCUCUCUGUUUCAUAGAAGUGUACUGGAAACUGAUACACAUGCAUGGAGAUUUAAAAAUGGUGAUUUAAAAAUAAAAAAAACUGCAAUGUUUUACAUUGCAGAGUUAAAACUCCACACAGACCACUUCAUUGAGAUGACUUUGUCUGGGUGACUAUAGUGGUAUUUUAAUUAUAUUAUAUUUAUUGUUUUUUUUUAUUUAUAAGUAAGCUAAUAGUGGGCCUUACAACUACUAGUGGAAAGUUGAACUAGAGCUCUCAUAAAGCACUAGAAAAUUAGUAUUUUUUAAAUAUGCUAAGCAGCCCAUAGAGAUUGUGGAAGCUAUAGUAUUGAUUUAUUGAUAUGUAACUGCAGAAGCUGUAUACCUUUAACAUAUAACAUAAUAUUCAAAUAUACUUAACUAAUGUCAGAUUACAUAUUGGAAUAUUUAUUUUUUCUGCAGUUUGUUUGAAAAUGAUUCGUUGGAAAUUGAAGAACAGCUUGCGGCAACAGAGAGUAACAGUUCAGAAACCCCAGAAUCAAUACUCAAAUCAGACUAUAAUAAGUGCAUUCCUCAACUUGCAUCAUAUAGCAUACGUAAGGACAGCAAUUGCUUUUUUCAAGAUGAUAAAAUUAUUCAAAAAGCAAGCAACUUACCACCAUCUUUAAAAUCCAUUGGAUCAACAGGUUCUUAUUUGGCAAUUCUUAUAUAUUCUUGUUUAUUCUAAACAUUUAAUUUGAGUAGAAAGAAUAGUGAAUAAAUAUUAAUAAAUGGUCACAUUAUCCUUCUGAGAACACCUGGCAAUGUUUUGUCCUAAAGGAAAACUUAAAAAUGAAAAUUAAAGAUUGCAUGUAUUAUAGCCUUGUGAUGUGUUAUUUAGUAAAACAAGCAUUAGUAAUUAACUGUAUUGAGAUAAUCUCCUGGCUUACCCAUGCUAUAUGGGGGCAGCCACUUUUACGUCAGAAGCACUACUUAUAUACUCAGACCAUGCACACAUUAAAGAUAUGAAAACACACAAAGUAAUUUUUUGAGAUACCUAGCACUUAUGAAGUUAGAAUUCAUAAAUGCAUACUAGCUCUUGAUUGUGGUACAGUUUUUGCAUGGAUAAACUAUGCUUUUGACCAAACAGGCCAAAAUAGACAACCCUAUAGAGCAGCGGUUCCCAAACUGUGUGCUGCGACGUGUACACAGGGGUGCCGCGGAAUGUUUCCCUGGUGCUAUGAUUAUAGCACUGGAGAAACUUUACUGCUGAACAGGGGGCCCUGUCAGGUGCCGUGGCCCUUUAAGACCGCAAUUGGAGCCCUGUAAUGUCAGCUGGCUUGGAGGAAAUGACAGCCUGUCACUUCCUCCCAGCAUCCUGCAGGUAAGCACCGUGGGAGGAGGCAGUCGCGGCGUGAGGGGAGAGGAGCACGAAGAGCAGCAGGACUCCAAGCAACCCUCCUGGCACAUAAGGUAAGCUGACAGGAGGGUGGCUGGAGAUAUUUUUAAAAAAUCACUUGUGUGUGUGUCUGUAUGAGUGUGUGUAUGUGUGAGUAUGAAUGUGUGUAUGAGUGUGUAUGAGCGUAUGAGUGUGUGUGUAUGUCAGGGUGUUUGUGGGUGUGUGUGUGUCAGGGUGUGUGUGUGUGUGUAUAUAUAUGUCAGUGUGCUUCUGUGUCUGCGCACACAUCUGUGUACGUGCGUCUGUGUGUCAGGGUGUGUGUUUUUAUGUCAGUGUGUGUGUAUCUGUGUCAUGGUCUGGGCAUGUAUCAAUGUUUGUGUGUGUCACGGUGCAUGUGUGUAUAUGUCGGUGUGUAUCUAUGUGUGUGUGUAUGUGUCUGUGUGUAUGUGUCAGUAUCUGUAUGAAUUUGUGUGUAUGUGUCGGUGUAGUUAUAUGCAUCUGUGUGUUAAUGUGCAUGAAUAUCUGUGUAAGUAUGUAUGUAUGUAUGUGGUAGUGUAUGUGCAUACAUUUAAGCAGUCAAACACCAGCACAACAUACAAGCACACUCGUGCAAUCUAACUCAAAUAUUACAUACACACACCCCUGCAUUCAAACUAAGAAAAAAAUAUACAAACACACCCUUUCACUCAAACACAAAUACUUCACAUAAAUGUACAUACGCAUUUAAAAGUGAGCAUUACAUUCAGACACACACCUGCAAUCAAACACAAACAUUACAUACAAACACACCCCUGUAUUAAAACACAAAAACUAUAUACAAGCACCCCUUCAAACACCAACACUGUACAUUACACUAUAGUGCCAGUAAAUGCCGCAGCGCUGUACAGAAAUGCAACCUAGAAAUUUUGACUUGGGGUGCCUUGGAAAAAUACUGAAAUAUUAAGGGCGCCUUGAAACUAAAAAGUUUGGGAACCACUGCUAUAGAGUAAGUCAGAAAAGGUAGUGAAAAUAACAUGCAGAGAUGCACAAAUUAAUUUUGCAGUCCAGAACUCUGUUACGUACUGGGGCUGAGAGAGGGUAGUAGGGGCUGUAGAGGGUAGUAGGGGCUGAGAGAGGGUAGUGGCGGCUGAGGAAGGGAAGUGGGGCUGAGAAAAGGUAGUAGGGGUUGAGAGAGGGUAGCAGGGGCUGAGAGAGGGUAGGGGCUGAGAAAAGGUAGUGGGGGCUGAGAGAGGGUAGUGGGGGCUGAGAGAGGGUAGUGGGGGCUGAGAGAGGGUGGCGGGGGCUGAGAGAGGGUUGUGGGGCUGAGAGAGGGUAGUGGGGGCUGAGAGAGGGUAGUGGGGGCUGAGAGAGGGUGGAUGUGGAGUGACAGGUUGUGGGGGGCUUAUAAAUAAAUAUUUUCCCUUUAAUUAUUCCCUGGUGGUCCAGUGUCUCUGUCCCUGGUGGUUCGGUGGGCAGGUUCUCUGGUCUGUAGCUCCGCCGGGUGCAGAGCUGCAGACCACAUGGUAAGUCUUACGAUCUCCAGAAGUAUGAGAGCAUUGCAGUGGUAACCCGUGGCAAUGCUCUGAUACACUAGAGAUAGCGAGACACCUCAGUCUGCAGCUCUGCAUCCAACAGAGCUGCAGAUGCGGGGGCUGGCUCUCAGUCAGUGCAGAUUGACAGGAGGGUCCUCGCAUCUGGCGGCAUAAUGGACAAGCCACCGGGCCCCCUCCUGUGUCGGGUCCUCUGUCAGAGACCAAAGACCCGACAUGUCAUUCUGCCCUAAGGUGAUUUAGGCGGCCGCGAGGCCUCAAUCAGCGUGAGGCCUUAGGCCGAGGACUCGCGCUGAUUGACGCCUAAAUCACCUUAGGGCAGAAUGACAUGUUGGGUCUUCGGCCUUAAUCGCCUAAUUAGAGAGCCGCCUCUGUAAAGGAGCAUAGCACUGAUGGGGCAUGUUAGCCUGGUGUGAACACAAGGAUGCUUGUUUAACAGCCUCCAAGCUAGCGCAAGGUAAAAAAAAGAAGAGUUUGCUUUUGAAGCAGGAGUCAGGUCAUCUAAUGAUGCCCCAAUGCUAUGCUGGUGUAUGCAGGACACAAGGGAACAAAAUCGGAAUGGCAGGACCAAAGAAAUUUACAAAAAAGGUACCGUGCUAUAUUUAUUAGCAUUUAGAAUAUAGAGAAUUUCUGAAUAAAUAUCAGUUAUUUUUGAGCACUGGCCAAAUGUAUAACAACAAUGGAACAAUGUGUUGUUUUUUUUCCUUUACAUUUUAAUCAUUCCUCUUCUGCUCACAUUACUUUAGUAUUAUAAAAAUUAAAAUUGUCUAGCAUUGAAGUCAAAUACCUUUAUUUAAAGAAGAACUAUAAUUUCCUCAAUAUUACCAUAACCUAAAAGGUAAAGAAAAGUUAGCUAUAGUGAAUGCUAUUUUUCUUUUCAAUUCUCUGUUUUUUUAAUUUUCAUGUACUUGCUUUGCAGGGCAGAGUAUGCAAGUGAGUCACCAUUCACAAUGCCAUACACACAGCACCAGAGGCGGAUCCAGAACCAAAUCUCGGGAUUGGCACUGAUAGUGGGCUGUAGCGGGGUAAUAGGGGCUAUAGCAGGGUAAUCGGGGCUGUAGCAGGGCGAUAGGAGGCUAUAGUGUAGGGGAUAGGAGACUAGUAUUGGUGGGUUUAGGUUUGUAAUUAUUAGGUUAUGGGGCUGUAGGGGGGAUAGGGGCUUUAGUGUGGGGGCUGUAGUAUACCAUGCUGUAUGCCGGCAUGUGACAUCACCGGCGCUCAGCAGAGCGGGCAGUGGUGAAACUACCAUUUGCUCAUCCUUGCAGGGUUUUACGUGUGAGCAGUUUUUGUGUGUUUGUAUGUAAGCAUGUUUAUUUAUGGAGUAUGUGUGUGACAUGAAUGGGUCUAUUUGUGUAUAGUGUUGUCAUUUGAAUGCAGCAGUAGAAUGUACUGUUGCUACUUAAAAGCAGUGGUGUAAGUGUGUAGUGCGUUUGAAUGCAGUGGUGUGUUUGUAUGUAGUCUUGGUGUUUGAAUGUAGGGGUGUAUUUGUGUAUAGUUUUUGUGUUUGUUUAUAAUGUUGGUGUUUUAAUACAGGAGUGUAUUUGUAUGUAGUUUACAUAUGCGGCCACACACAAUGACACAGAAACACACUAACACAUAGAUACACAUAUGUACCCAUAAUGACACAAACAGAUACAAACAUAUACUUACACAGACACAUAGAUACACUGGCAGGGACGUAUUAGCCGCGAGGCAAACAAGGCAUUUGCCUUGGCCGCCUUUUUUCAGGGGGCGGCAAAAAACGCCGCCCCCAAAUGCCCAGGGCAAAUGCCUAGUUAGCCUCGCGGCUAACUGACAUACUGGGCUGGCGGGCAGCGCUGGCUGAUGGGAGGGCGCGCGAGGGGGCUGAGCAGACAGCUCAGAGGAAGAGCUCCUUCGCCAGCGCCGCCUGCCCAUCAGCCCGACCGGCAGCCACUGGACCACCAGGGAGAAAGAGGAACCCCCCCACCCCAGCAUUCCCAAAGGUAAGGAGACUGGGGAGGAGGGGGGGUUAAAUAAAAAAAAGUGUUAAUGUGAGUGAUUGUGUGUGUGUCUGACUGUGUGUUUGUGUCUGACUGUGUGUGUGUGUCUCUGUGUGUGUGUCUGACUGUGUGUUUGUGUCUGACUGUGUGUGUGUGUGUGUGUGUGUCUGACUGUGUGUUUGUGUCUGAUUGUGUGUGUGUGUCUGUGUGUGUGUGUCUGACUGUGUGUGUGUGUGUGUCUGAAUGUGUGUGUGUGUUUGUGUCUGUGUGUGUGUGUGUGUGUGUGUCUGACUGUGUGUUUGUGUCUGACUCUGUGUGUGUGUGUCUGACUGUGUGUUUGUGUCUGACUGUGUGUCUGACUGUGUGUUUGUGUCUGACUGGGUGUGUGUGUGUGUCUGACUGUGUGUGUCUGACUGUGUGUGUGUCUGACUGUGUGUGUGUGUGUGUGUGUGUAUUUAGAAGGUGGGACGGGGGAAAGGGUUGGGUGGGGGUGGCGCGCGGCAAGGGGGGCACCUGUGUUUUGUCCUGCCUAGGGCAGCACAAAACCAGGAUACACCACUGUACACUGGCACACACACAGAUACACACAUAUACGUAAACAAGCACUUACACAUACUAGCACACAUAUAAACAUCUACACACAGACACACUAACAUACACACACAGAUUCACUCUGACACACAUAUACCUACAUACACACGUAUCUAAACACACAUACUUAUACAUACACAUACCAGCACACACACACACACACAAAGAUACAUACACACACUGGCACACACAAAUGCACAUGCAUAUCUACAUAUACACACACUGCACACACACAUACACAAAUUGCAAUUUAUAUAUUGUUAAUCAACCUCCUGCUUUCAUACCUUACGGUGGCAGGGAGGUGAAUUCAUGGGGCUGGCUGCUGCUGAUGGGAGUCUGAGACUCCAUGCCUGCAGUGCUCCCUCCUUUCCUCUGGUUGCCUCCUCUGUGUCCUCCAGCGUGGUCUGAAAGGAGGGAGGAAGUGACAGUUAAUCACUUCCUUCCAGCACUCUCUGCAUACAUUAGAGGGGCCCGGUCGCGCUGCCAAAGAGCUGCAGCACCAGACAGGACUCCUGAGAGACAUACCGGUCGGUCAGGUUUCCCCUGUGUAUGGGCUUCCCCAACCCUCUACUGGCGGUAUUUCCUCAGUGAAGGGGGGAGGGAAAUUGCCCUGUUGCCCCCCUGGAUCCACCUCUGCACAGCACAUGCCGCCUCCAUAGAGCACUGCUGGAGUAAAUGCUGGGUGUGUAUGCAGGCUUAUGGUUUUUCUCCAGUUGAUGCCUGAGUGCAAAUGCCCUGUUUAGCUCUGUUCAGUCUAGUAAAUUCUGACUGGGGUUAAGGAACAAAGAACUAUCACUUCUCUGUAAUAGCAGUAGUGACCAUGUUUCAAUAUUGAGAUAAAGUCAAAACAUUCUCACCACCAUUCAUACUACUACCCUGACCACAACCCACACUACCUGAAAAAACAUUGUCCUGUUUCACUGAUCCAGGCUCAUAUGCACACUUCUAUCAUCACUUUUGACUAUUAUUAAUUUUAUCAGUGGUACCGCAGUGCUCGCUACUGUGAAAUACAGGUUUGCACAUAGAAGUAAAUGGAAUUCUUUGUGGCAAUUCUGGUUAUUGGAAAGCUCAUCCUAUUUCUUCAUCUUAGGUAGGAACAGAGGUAUUCCAGUCAUUGGUGGGCCUAAGAGCAAGUGAAUCAGACUCCAGGGAAACCAUAUAAAGUUGGAAAUGAAAAAUCUAUUUUUAAUUUUUUUUUAAAUUAUCAUUAUUUUCUUAUGAUUAUGCUAUCGUUCAUUUUUUGUCCCUAGUUAUAGAUAAAACCAAAUAAUUUCAAUUCAAUAAAUCUGAUUAAGAUUAUAACAGUUUCACAAAAUCUAAUCUAAUGUUCGCUUAAACAAAAAAUGUAUCUAAAUAUUGUUCGUUUUUAUUUACAGAUACAACCCAGUCUGCAAUAUUAAAACCUGUUACUGAAAUUCGUAUCCUUUUCUAUUUUAUCUUAGAACUGGGUAUUUUAGCAUGUCAUUUUCCUAUAUCCACUGGGUGCUUUACUUAAAGUUUAAUUAAUAAUUUUUUAGAUAGAUCAUAGAUAUAUAUUAACAUUUAUAAUUUAUUGUACAAAUAUUGGAAGAUCAUUGUUCUAAAUGUAAAGUUUUAGAUUUUUGCAUUUACUAUAUUUAGUAAGUCUCUUUCCUAUUAAAUACAUCAGUAUUUCUUGUUUUCAAGUGUAUCUGGGGACUGCUACCAUUGUGCUACUCUAGGGGCACACACGUUACAGUUGUGUUCAAAAGUUUGCAUACCCUUGGAGAAUUGGUAAUGUAUGUAUCAUUUUUAAAGAAAACAUGAGUGAGCAGACAAAACACAUUUCUUUUAUUUCUUAUGGAAUUCAUAUUCAACUGUUGGUUAUUACAGAAUGGCACAAUCAUAAAACAAAACAUGGCAACAAAGAAAAAGAAAUGACCCUUAGUUUAUAACAUGGUGUAUUGCCCCCUUUAGCAUCAAUGACAGCGUGCAGUCUUUUGUAAUAGUUGUCUAUGCAAUUCUUGCAGCUGCCCAUUCGUCUUGGCAAAAUGCCUCUAGGUCAUGCAGUCUUUGAUCGUCUUGCAUGAACCGCAUGUUUGAGAUCUCCCCAGAAUGGCAUGAUGAUAUUAAGGUCAGGAGGCUGUGAUGGCCACUCCAGAACCUUCACCUUUUUCUGCUGUUAUCUCUGGAGGGUCAACUCGUGCUUAGGUGUCAUGCUGAAAAAUGCAAGAGCGUCCGAUGUGCAGUCUUUGUGUAGAAAAAUGCUAAUUGUAUGCCAGUAUUUUCUGAUAACAUGCUGCAUUCAUCUUGCCAUAAAUUUUCACAAGAUUUCCCGUGCCUUUAGAGCUCACAUACCCUCAAAACAUCAGAUUUCAAGGCUUUGGAUAUCGUUUUAUUUCUUUUUACAUCUUUAUAAAGUUCCAUUAUCUUGUUAUGCAGGUCUUUUGGCAGUUUUUUUUUUCUUCCCAUUGCUCAGUAUCUAUCUGCUCAGUGCAUCCAUGUGAGAGCUAACAAACUCAUUGACUAUUUAUACACAUACACUAAUUGCAAUUUAAAAAGCUACAGGUAUGUGAAAUUAACCUUAAUUUCUAUUUGGGUAAUUUCGAUUAUCAUGAUUUAAAAAGGAGCCAAACAACUAUGUGAUAUUAAAUGGCUUCAUAUGAUCAGGGCCGGACUGGGGAUACGAAGCAGCCCUGGAAAAAAAUCUAUGCCAGCCCCAUAAGUCAUUGUGCUAUGUAGGAUGUUAUAUAUUAAAGGACCACUAUAGUGCCCUGAGGGUGCCCCCACCCUCAGGGUCCCCCUCCCGCCCGGCUCUGGAAGGGGAAAGGGGGAAAAACUUACCUUUUUCCAGCGCUGGGCGGGGAGCUCCACCUCCGAUCCUCCUUCUCUCCUCCCCGUCGGCUGAAUGCGCACGCGCGGCAAGAGCUGCGCGCGCAUUCAGCCGGUCACAUAGGUAAUCAUUAUCAAUGCUUUCCUAUGGACGCUGGCGUGCUCUCACUGUGAAAAUCACAGUGAGAAGCACGCAAGCGCCUCUAGUGGCUGUCAAUGAGACAGCCACUAGAGGAAAUAGGGGAAGGCUUAACCCAUUAAUAAACAUAGCACUCUGAAACUGCUAUGUUUAUGAAAAAAUGGGUUAACCAUGGCUGGACCAGGCACCCAGAUCACUUCAUUAAGCUGAAGUGCUCUGGGUGCCUAGAGUGGACCUUUAAUGUGUAUAUAUAUAUAUAUAUAUAUUAUUGAUACAUUUCUUCUUCUAAUUCAAAAUAUUAGUCCUUUCAGGGUAAUUAAAUUAUACAGUAAAGCAUACUCACACACAGACACAGACAAUCUUACUGAUGCAUACAAAUAGGCUCAUUGACAGACAAUCUCAAUGACACACACAGACAAGGUUACUGGCAGACACACAAAUUUAGUACAGACAAACUCUGAUACACACACAAGCUUACUACAGACAAGCUCACUGUCACACACACGCUCAAUACAGACAAGCUCACUGAUGCGCACACACUCUCCCUACAGACAAGCCCAUUGACACACACAUGCUCCCUACAGAAGAGCUCACUAACACAGAUUCACUACAGACAAGCUCACUGACACACACAUGCUCACUACAGACAAGCUCACUGACACACACGGUCACUACAGACAAGCUCACUGACACAUAUGGUCACUACAGACAAGCUCACUGACACACACGUUCACUGACACACACGCUUACUACAGAGAAGCUCACUGACACACACGCUCACUACAGACAAGCCCACGAUCACACCCAUGCUCCUUACAGACAAGAGCUCACUAACACACACACAUAUGAUCCCUACAGACAAGCUCACUGACACACAUACAAGCUCACUCACUAGCAAGCACACACACACAGAGGCUCCCUCACUAGCAGGUGCGCACACACACACAGAGGCAGACAGUCACUGACACCGAGGCAAACAUCUACACAUACAGACAGGCAGACAGUCACACACACACACACACAUGCAGACAGCCACACACACACACAGGCAGACAGUUACACACACACAGUCACACACACACACACAGUCACACAGACAGACAGACACACACAGACAGUCACACACACACAGACAGUAACAUACACAGGCAGACAGACACAUAGACAGUCACACACACACACAGGCAGUCACACGCACACACAGGCAGUCACACGCACAGUCACACGCACACACAGACAGUCACACACAAACACACACUAACAGUCACACACACACAGUCACACACUCACAGACAGUCACAGUCACACACACAGUCACACACUCACAGACAGUCACACACUCACAGACAGUCACAGUCACACACACACACAUACAGUCACACACUCACAGACAGUCACAGUCACACACAGUCCCGCAGUCACACACACACACAGACAGUCACACGCCACAGACAGUCACACACUCACCAGACAGUCACAGUCACACACGCACACACAGACAGUCACAUACAGACAGUCGCACACUCACAGACAGUCGCAGUCCGCACACACACACAGACAGUCACGCCACGAACGGUCACGGUCACGCACGCACGCACGCUGCGGACGGUCGCACGCUCACGGACGGUCACACGCUCACAGACAGUCUGAUCCGCACGCACACACACACGGUCACGCACUCACCCCGGAUAGUGCAGUCACGCACACACACACUCACAGACAGUCACACACUCACAGACAGUCACAGUCACACUCACAGACAGUCACACACACACACAGACAGUCACACACUCACAGACAGUCACAGUCACACACACACACAGACAGUCACACACUCACAGACAGUCACAGUCACACACACACACACUCACAGACAGUCACACACUCACAGACAGUCACACACACACACACACACACUGACCUCUUUCUUACCUCCUGCUUGGAGCUCCUGGAGACUGGUUGUUGGGGAAGCAGGGACUCCUUCCUGCUUCCCAUGCUGCAAUUAGCCGUCCCCGCCGCGCAGUAAGCUCCGCCUCCGCCGCAAGCUAAGCCCCGCCCCCGCCGCACAGUAAGCUCCGCCCCCGCCGCAAAUAUUUAUUUUUUUAUUUUUUUAAAUGAUCCCGGGCGCCAUGUGUGAGCCGGCCGCCUGGCUUCCCCUGCUCCCAUGGGGCUCUGUGCGGCCGCACAGCUCACACACGGCCGCCGGGAUCACAGGAGCUGUCAGCCCAAUGAUCAGGGCUGUCAGACCGGCCCCAGGUGCCGCGGCCCACCGGGAAAUUUCCCGGUAUCCCGGUGGGCCAGUCUGGCCCUGCAUAUGAUCACUAUCCUUGAAUAAAAUACAUUUUUUUUUUGCAUGAUCAGUCAUAUUUUCAAAAUCAAUGCCACAAUUUCUGCCAGGGUAUGCAAACUUUUGAGCACAACUGUAUAAAUACCAACCUUCAUAUGAACAAUGCUGAAAUGUAUUUUUUUUUCUUCUUAAGAGUGCUGCAUUGUAGUAGUUUUUACCAUGGGGUCUAGCAUUAGGAGUUAUUGCUAGGGAGGUUUAGGGUUAGAUGAUUCCUGCCUUCAAGCUGCUGCAAGAUAUACUUUGCAUGACUAAGAGUCCAGAGAGAUGGAACAUUUGUAUGGUUAUCAGUUAUCAGUAUAUUUAUUGGUUUAUUUUGUUUGUUUCAUUAUUUUUUUAAUGUUUUUCUUAUAAACAAUAAACAAGCUAAACAGUUUAGGAACAUUUUCAAAGAGUUCCCUUAUUUUAAUUAUAUACAGUCUAAAGCCUUAGACGAUGUAAGUAAUGCUUUUUAUUCUCAUUAUCUUUUACACUAAAAUCUAGGACACUGUCAUAAUUAAUUUAUUAUAAAUCUGCAUUACAAUGGAAGUCUAAAUUGGGCCUAUUUAACAGAAACAACACAUUUGUAAUAUUAUGACUUAACGAGAAUCAAUUUGUUACUUGGUGCCCUUCAGGGAGGAAAAAAUGUUGCUUUUUUGAGACCCUUUGGGAUGAAAAGCAUUUUAUUAUAAUAAUUUAAAGUGUUGAAUUUUCAUAUAAGAACUUUUACAAAUAUUUUUAAACUCUUGAUAUCCACUUAAUUAGCCAUAUUAGUACAUUUGAUAAAGCUACCUUGGUUUUAAUUCGUACUGUAUUUUUAUGAUAUAUAGUAAGUAUAAGUGGAUGUCACUUGUGUUAAAGGAACACUCCAAACAUCAUAACCAGUGCAGCCCACUGUAGGGGUUAUGGUUCCUAGGAGUGCUUUGGUGUCUACACAGAGAAAGUAGCCAACCGUUUAAGAACAGUUUGAUAACUUACCUCUGCACCUGUGGUUGCAGACCUACUUCCAGAUUCUCCCACAGGAAGAAUAUGGUUAGCUCCACUGAGCUAAGCAGUGUUAUGCAGGGCUGUUUUUAUUGGAUGAGAGCAUCAGUUGAGCCAUGCCAAGCUCAGGGGGACACAGGUAAGAUGUCAAUCCGCUCUUAAAUGAUUUGACAACUUAUUCUGGGAGCGCACUAUUCUCAGCAGUCGCAUUACAGGUUAAGAGUUGUAGUGUCAAGUAACUUUUAGACCUAGCUUGUAGCAUUUAAAUUUUACAACAUGACAGGAGGCUUCAUAUUUUGCAUAAUCUCCCCUUGCUAGCUCCACAGCAGCAAAGAAACACAUAGAAAAAAAAACAAUCACAAGAGAGUAGGAUGUACAUGAGGUAUAGUGACCUAAUCACUUCCUCUUUCUUUGCUGCUCCAUCAAGCAGGCAUCAAGUAUUACUCUUCUCCAUUAUUUUAUGUUUCUAUUGCUUUUUUGAGGUUGUUUCUGUAUUAUACUUUUUAUAUACUUUGCUGUUUGUUCUUGCUGUGCUUCUGUACUGUGUGCAUCUGUGUUUUUCUGUUAGUUGUUGUGUUCCUACAUUAUUCUUGGUUUCUGCCCUCUCCCCUUCUUGCUCUCACUUCUCUGGGGCUUGAGAGGCUUUUGGAUCUUACUUGGGUUGCAUGUUAAUGUUGAAUUAGGCCAUUUAUAUAUGCUGUUUAAAGGGAUUUCGCACAUAACCUUGUAUUAACUAUUAGAGCAAGCAUGUCAAACUCAAAGUCUAGCAUGGGUCACAUAAACAAGGUUUAAGUUUAUGUGGGCCGCAAAAAAACCCGAAACCUUAAAUUUUCAUUGAAACGUAGGUUUAUUUUGAAAAGUACAGCAUAAAAAAAAAAAAAAAAACAGCAUCCUGCAUCCCCCUCUACUAAACCACAGCAUCCCCUCUACUAAAUCCCAGACCCCCUCUAUUAAACCACAGCACCCCCUCUACUAAAUCCCAGUCCCCCCCUUUACUAGAUUCCAGUCCCCUCCAUAUACUAAAUCCCCGUCCUUCCCCUCUACUAAAUCCCAGCACCCCCCUCUAGCCAACAAGCAGACUCCACUCACAUUGCGCUGCCAGUAUGUGACCCCGGAGUCCGGCCUCUGGUAUACCUCAAUUGGCGCAGUCCGCACCCUGUGCCAAAUCUGAUCCUCCCACUACUUUUUGUGAAGGUGGAGCACGUCGAUGUCACGUCGGAAUGUGAUGUGGCGUUGCGUGACUCCAUGCACCUCCAGGUACUCUACUGUCCAGUCACAGCCAAUGCAACACUGACCAACACACAAACACUCACUGACAAACACACACACUCACUCACACAGACACUGACGGAAAGACACACACACACUCACUCACAGACAGACACACAGACACAGACAGACACACACAUACACUCACUGACAGACACACAGACACACUCACUGACACCCACAGACACUCACUGACACACACACACACACACACACACACAGACAGACACACACUCACUGACACACACAGACACACACACUCACUGGCAGACACAGACACUGACAGACACUCACAGACAGACACACACACAUUUACACAUUCUUGCACACACAUCAUUUUAUUUAUUGCUCCCUACCUUUUGGAGCUGAUGUGGGGCCCCGCCCUGGGGUCCAGUGGGGAUCUUCUAUCUGCUCCUUACUGCUCCUUGCGCGGUUUAGUGAUGCCGGGUGCCGGAAUAUGACGUCAUAUUCCAGCGAUCGGCUUCACUACAGAAGCCGCGUGCGAGGGAGCAAUGAGGAGCAAGAACACUGAGCUCCCUCGCUGGCCCUCCUCCCCGCCCGGGUAAGUUUUAGCAGAGUAGGCACCUGCAAUGUGGGAAAAGCAGGUGCCUACUCUGCUUUAACACUAAGCAUGUACUCACGGCUCGCCGGGCCGCAAAGAUACCCAUUGUGGGGUGCAUGCGGCCAGUGGGCCGCAAGUUUGACAUGCUUGUAUUAGAGCAUGGAUUAGUGCUGUCUGUGACGACUGUGACCUGCACUCAAGGGGUGAGCCCCAUACUAUAUUUGUACUGCUGUGAUCACACUUACUUGCACUGUAUCAUCUGAAAAUACUUCUCAACACUUGAGGGGUUCUAUACAUAUUUAUGCCCACCAGCACUUUUCUGUUUUGUGAUGGUUUCUGUACCUUAUUACCUGGGUAUAUUGUGGGUGCUGCAAUCCUAUUUAUAUUUUAUCUUAAUUUUUUGCGCCAACUUAUCUACUGCACAUUUUUUUUAUGUUUUUACUGCACUGUGCUACUGAAUUGAGAAUGUUGCAGCCUCUGUUAACUGCUGGCAGGGCCGGACUGGCCCACCGGGAUACCGGGAAAUUUCCUGGUGGGCCAUCGGCACCUGGGGCCGCAGGGGGAGCUGGCUGACCUGCGGCCGCAAGGGGAGCUGGCUGUGCUGGCUCUGCUCCCCCACCCCUGAACGCUUCUUAAUGAGACCGGGGCCGGAAUAUCCGGUCUCAUUAAGCUGCGCGCUGGGGAGAAGAGCCAGCACAGCCAGCUCCCCCCUGCAGGCGCUGGAACAGAAAGGAGCCAGCUCCGCCCUGCGGCCGCCGGUACUGCCAGCUCCCCUUGCGGCCUCCAGCACACCUGACCCAGCUGUCUGCACUGCAAGACUCCUGUCCGUUCGCCCACAGGUAGAUAUAUUAUGUGUCAGUCGAUCAGUGUGUGUGUGUCUGUGUCAUGGUCUGUGCCUGUCUGUCAUGGUCUGUGCCUGUCUGUCAUAGUCUGUGCCUGUCUGUCAUGGUGUGUGUGUCUGUCAGGGUGUGUGUCUGUGUCAUGAUGUGUGUCAUGGUGUGUGUCUGUGUCAUGGUGUGUGUCUGUAUCAUGAUGUGUGUGUGUGUCUGUCUGUGUCAUGGUGUGUGUGUGUGUGUCUGUGUCAUGGUCUGUCUGUGUCAUGGUGUGUGUGUGUCUGUCAUGGUGUGUGUGUGUCUGUCAUGACGUGUGUGUCUGUCAUGGUGUGUGUGUGUCUGUCAAGGUGUGUGUGUGUGUGUGUGUCUGUCAUGGAGUGUGUGUGUCUGUCAUCUGUCGUAUAUGUUUAAAAAUAGUGUUUUUACUCACCUUUUAUUUCUCCCACGCCUUGCUGCGGGGCUGGCAUAUAUGUUUUUUCCAGGGCUGCUUUGUAUCCCCAGUCUGGCCCUGACUGCUGGACAGGAUUUCCAGGACAUGCUGCUUAAAGGACUAUCUACCAAUCUCCCAUAACCUCGAAUUAACUGCUUCAGCACAUAUUAGUGCUCUCUGUCAGAGCUGUGGCCAGCACUCAAGGGUUCAUAACCUGUGCACCUGGGGUGAACCCCCCUUCUAUACAUUUUACUAUACUGUGCUAUUCAGUGGAGACAUGCUGCUACAGCCUAUGUUAACUGCUGGACAUGAUUUCCAGGACAUACUGCUUAACCCCUUAAGGACCAAACUUCUGGAAUAAAAGGGAAUCAUGACAUGUCACACAUGUCAUGUGUCCUUAAAGGAAUAUCUCCCAUAACCUUGAAUUAACCAUUUGAGCACAGAUUGGUGCUCUCUAUCAGGGCUGUGGCCUGCACUGAAGUGUUCAUACCCUGUGCACCUGGGAUGAAGCCCCUACUAUAAUUAUACUACACUGUGCUACUGUAUGGAGACAUGCUGGUACAGCCUCUGUUAACUGCUGGACAAGAUUUCCAGGACAUUCCUUAAAGGAAUAUCUCCCAUAACCUUGAAUUAACUGUUUGAGCACAGAUUAGUGCUCUCUGUCAGGGCUGUGGUCAGCACUUAAGGGUUCAUACCCUCUUCACAUGGGGUGAGGCCCCUACUAUAUGUGUGCUGCACUGUGCUGCUGAGUGGAGCAUGCUGUUGCAGCCUCUGUUUACUGGGUGAGCCAGUCUAUUUUAUUUGGCCACUGUUAAGAUUACAACCCUGUGGGGUUUCUGUAAACAUUGCUUGCUAGUAUUGUAGUCUGGUCUGUUUGCCCUGCAUCCUGCAAUUGCCUAUUAAUUUGUGCCUUCUACAAGUGUGUCCAAUAUCAUGAUAAAUCCAUCUGUUUACUUUUUUGGGUGAGUCCCAAUUCUGUGUCACACGAGUUGCCACUAUGGAAAAUUCCCUGGCUAGCCUGUGGAUUUUCAGGUCAUGAUACAAGCAGCGGUAGAUCAAGCAUGUCAAACUCAAAGGUUAACAAAGGCCAAAUAAACAAGGUUUAAACUUAUGUGGGCCUCAAAACAAACUUCAGUUUUCAUAGAAACAUAGGUUUAUUUUGAAAAGUCUAGUAUAAAAAAAGUUGCCUAACUGACACUUGACAUCCUCACGCUUGUAGGGCUUCAAAGUAAACAAAAGAGCAAAUUUAUUUUAAGGAGACAGGCAUUUGCAUACAAACAAUGUUUCAGUCCAACUACCUUAACAUAUUAAGAAAAGCUCCGUAAUGGGACAGAAAUGGUGGAUGUAUACUGUUGCACAGCUGUUAAAAAAAAGAAAAUUACGUUAUCUUGUUUAUUUUGAUGUCCUAUGAGUGUGUUCUUCAGUUUGAUCAAACUUGAUGAUCUCAGCAAAUUCAAUGCUCUCCCAUAGGAAAGCAUUUGGAGGCUAUUGUGCGGCAAAAAGCUGUGCGGCUAAUCAGCAGCUCCAUGAGAAGCGUCCAGCACUUCCAUGCAGACCCAAUCUAAUACACUGCCCCUUCACCUAUUCUAGUACACUGCCCCCCAUCUAAUAGACUGCCCACAAAUCCAAUACAUUGUUCACACACAAAUCUAAUACACUGCCCCCCUCCACUUUUAUACACUACCCCGCCUCUAAUACACUGCCCCCCCAAACUAAUACACAGCCUCCCCUGGCCCCGCCCCCACCACUCUAAUAAACUGCCCCUCCCCAAUCUAAUACACUGCCCUCCAACUUUAAAGGUAUCUUUGUCACGUAGUGGACUGAUUUGCGAAACUGGACAUGAGGACACGUCGAUCCCUCGAUCCCUUUCCACCAUUCUUGUUGACGAUAUCUCUGUUCCCUGUGACGCGGUGAACCUUGGCACUUCACCUGCCUCCUUUAGAUCCUUGGUGCUUCACGACACUACUGAAUCCAAUGAUCGCUCAUGUAUGGGCCAGGGUGUUGAGUUGCAUUAUUUACCUGGACGAUCUCCUUAUGUUCGGUUCCGAGGGGUCUAGACUAUGAGUCUAGAAUCUAACAUUUGUGAUUCUCUGUGGUCCAGCUGGAAUCAUUGGACUUCAUAGUGAGUCGACAGGAGUCUGCGAUGGCCCUUCCUGGAUGGUCCACUUCUUAGGAUUCGUAAUUGACUCUGUGUCUUGCAUCCUGAAACUUCCUCCUUAAAAGGUCCUCUCAAUACUCAAUUAAAUUCACAAGGUCCUCCGCUGCAACACUGUGUACCUCCACACACGGAUCGUGGGCUACUGUCCUCCUCCAUCCAGACUAUCUUCCCGGGCCUGCUACUUUACCGGGAUAUGCAGCACCUACGACCAACCGGACUUCGUUCUGGAGUCGAAUACUGGCAUAUGGGGCUGCGGAAAAAACCUGUGAGAGGGCACCCACAGAAGGCGUGUGCACAACUCAGGAAUUAUCCCUUAUCAUUGACUGCCUGGAACUCUUAACGGGAUCCUUCACUAUCCGCCGCCUGAUGAAGGAGUACUCUUUUUGUUGAAUCUUACUCUGGAUGAACAGAGCGUCGGCAGUCCGGUAUAUCAAUCGCCUGGAUGGAGCAUGCUCCUGUCUCCUAUCACAAAAAAGGCAUCUUCGAUUUCUGCCUCUCUCGCAGGAUCCCCCUGAGAGUGGAAUACCUCUUGGAGGUGACACAUCUCACCACAGAUUGGUUCUCCCACCUUUAGAGGGUUCACCAGACUUCAGCGUUAUUUAAUUGGCUGCCAGAUCCAGAGUGCACGAUGGUGGAAGCAUUCCUGAAGGCUGGGCCUCCCCUGGGAUCAUACGCUUUUCCCUCCUUUGCAAUAAUUGUGAGAGUUCUCCAUCACCUCUGUGUUCAGUGAGUAACACUGACCUUGGUCACCCCACUGUGAUGGAGCCAACCUUGGUUCCUAGACAUUUGGGGACUGUCCGGUGAGGAUCUCCUCCUCCUGUCUUCAUACCCGAUGCUUCUCACGGGCCGGAAGGGAAACCCACAUCUACUACUCCUGGAUGGUCGGCUCCCCUUGUGGCCUGGACCAGGGGUCAAAUCCUGGGAGAAAAAGUGUGGGAGCUCACCCAAGAUCCAUGCGGGGUUGUGUGUCGUUAGUAUUAUUUGUGUAUCUAUGUCUGGAGAUGUGGGGGCUUCCCUGGGUUCCAGUGGAGUCCAGGCUGUGGUAGACUGUGGACUGCACUUCUCAAGAGCAGAUUCCCCUUCACAAGCACUGGGAGGAAGUGAUCUGAGAUCGCAGAGCUUUACAAUUAUAUAAAGGGGAUAUUUUCGACAAGUGAUUGACAUUCAGAAUAUUAACAGAUGUGAAAGAAGCCCUUCUUAAGCUUACAAUCUGUGAAGAUUUAAGGGAGGUGGAUAUAUCUCAUCAUGCUUCUUGCCCUGGGACACUUACUGGUGAGGUUAUCUGACCAGGAAUCAAACCCAGUUUCCCAGUUCUAAGGCAGGGACAUUACCACCACUCUUACUAGCCAAUAUAUACCAGAAGAUGUCCCACUGUGACUCCUGUUAGGACACUUUUAAGGAGAUCCUCCUAUCUCCCCAGCCAGUUUGGGUCUGGCAGCUUUCCGUUUUGUGUAAAGGCACCUCGAAUGCCAUAGGUUGCUAAUCCCUGGACAAGUUCCACAGAAGUAAAUCAAUUUUCUCCAUAGAACGAAUUGUACCAAUUCCCUCUGCCAAUCACCUGAGAUUAGCUAAAUCUUUCUAUUAUUUCUUGCCUGCUACUACUUUCCUUCAAGUUGCAUAAUUAUCAUAAAAACUGUCUUGCAGGGGGCGGGGCCAGACCGCCGAGCUGGACGGUCACAAACAAGUUCAGCUCCUGUAACUCAACCACAAUUAAGCGUAUUAAACACUGAAAACGACUUUAAAACUGACCGUCAAUGAGGGUCUUUAAUGCCACGAGGAUACCGGAUCCAGGGAGAGGCUGGCUCCUCGAGCUCCAGUCCCCAUGAGGUGAAGCCCCCGAUGACUAAGGUGGGGCCUAAGCCGGCGGUGAGAGGGGUGGACGGCCGCUGCCCCACUAUCCGGCCUCAUGGUGCCCAGAUGGAAACCAAGACCCGGGCGGGCCUGGCCCUGUUCCCCCACCCCCAUGGACCAGCGGGGGUGAUCCCGGUCCUCACCCAGAUGCUAUACAGCUGGAGCCUGAAGACGAUACCAUCCCACUCGAGGGCCCGAGCGCAACACCUAAAAUGCCGGAAUCGGCAGAAGGGUCUGCUCUCUCACAAAGCUCAGGGCAACCAAACAUGGGCCCAGGGGUCUAGAAGAACCUAUGACCUGCCUAACCUACACCUCAGCCACACAAGCGACUGCUCACCCGUCCAUUCCACAAGCCACGGCACAGGCGAGCAGCGGCAGAGACCUAGCAGGACCCACACUGGCUGCUGUGCUGGCAGACUGCCACACCACACAAGAUCUACCCUUGCCAAUGACUACAGAUCCCGCAGCUGAGCGAGGUACUUCCACAACGGGGCCGAACACGUACUCACCCCACACACACCUUGCAACACGGCAGCCCAGGGAAGAGCCUAAUAAAUGCCCAGAAGAGGUACACUUGGCCGGAUAGGAAAUCAGCCCAAAAAACACCACAAGGAACACAGAGAGGCACGACCCAAACCCCUGCAUCAGCGGACACUUGUACCCGAUUAUGCCGACAUGGCAGAUCAGGCAUUGGUUAAGCACAAGCCCAUCACUACCAGCAAAGCCUCCGACCCGCCUCCCAGAUGGGUGAUAUAGUAAUAGCAGAUUAUCAUUGGUACCAGCGUCUAUACAUACAAACCCUCUUAGCAUAGCACAGUAUAUUGCCACCUAUGCGAGUUUAAUAACCUGUCACUACUUACUGUGCUCUCAAUGCCUAUUUGUCACACUACAUACAAAGCGACAUACUUACAAUCUUAAACGCAACUAGUUUUGAUAUACGCAUAUCUAGCCUAGCAUGUUGUAUUAUAAAAUACUGGUGCCUAAUAGCAUGUUGUCCUUACGUUACAUAAAAUGUGCUGUCUAAAAUGCUACACUUUAAAAUGUUAUGAAUAUGCCUGUAGAUGAGGUCGUGGCUCUGCACGCUUGUUGUCAAUUUAUGAACAAAAAAAAUAAAGAAAAAAAAAUUAAAAAGCUGUAAUGCAAUGUCAUUUGACUUGCACCUAUGCAACUGUUACUCCAUUAUAUUUUUCUCUAUCCAAUAUUAGAUUUUAAAAUAUAAAUAAGCACAAGACAUAGUUGUCCCUUUGACACCCUUUUGGUAUCCCCACAUAUUGCUGAUCCUGUAGAUAUGUAUUGUAAUAUUGCACUCAACCCUCCUAAAGAAGACAGCCACUUGGUCCUAAAAAGCAGGCCACCAAUAUUAUUCCACAUUGUAAUAAUUUCAGACUAGUGCCAUUUCUACACCAUCUUACAAACUGUAUGUGUUUACAGCUGCCACCGUAAUAUUUCCACAUCACUACUGAAAUCAAUAUAAAAAAAAAAUGAAUAAAAAAAUAAUGCACGUGAAUUACUUAAUCACCUCUUCCUCAGUACAAGUGUAAUAAAUCCACAUUACAUCAUGGCACUGGCUAAAAAAAAAAAAAAAAAUUCCCCUUGAAAUUGCAUUGAUUUUCAUUAAAAGAGUCCUAUGACUACAAGAAGAAGCAUUUCCAAGCAACCUGUGGCUGUCUAUCUGUCAGUGAUGGGAGUUGUGUUCCAGCUUUCUACCAGCCUUUAUAGUAGAAAAGUAUAGUAAGCACCUUUAGUAGGGCUAUGGUGGGAAAGGAUGCAGCCGGGUUGUCCAGAAGAAUCCUCUCUUUUAACAGGUUACUCCCAUAGGCAAAGUAAUAGAAGAAGUCCCCUCUGGGCUGCAGGCCAGCAGUGCUUGCAGUUACCAUGUGUUUGGCUGCUCACACAGUGAGUAUGCUCAGCCCGUACAGCAUACUCCUUGGAGCAGGGGGGCGCACGGCGGGCACUUGCCUGGGUGACAGAGGAGGGAGGGCUCCUGCUGAAUGAGAACUAGUGGAAUGGAGUGUAGAAUGUGGUGGUUCUACCACAGUGGUUCUAGAACGUCAUGGGGACAAUCACUCUGCUGAUCCAAAGGGCAGGUUCUGCAGGACUACUAAUGGGAACGACAUUCCUGCUGUGGAAAAAGUCCAGGAACGCCAUUCCCAUGCGUUCCUGCAGGACCCGAGCCCUGGCCUGGACUCUUUCUGUGACAAUGCUACCCCUCCAUCUGGGCAUUCCCGGUCUGGUUGGUGUUUAGAACGAAACCUUGAUCCAUUAUUGUGGUAAGUUCAGCCAGUUCAACGGCCCAUGUCCCAGUCUGGGGACUCCCGGUGGGCAAGGAUCUUCUUGUGUGCCAAUUACUCUGUGACAUCCACCUCCAGCUUAUGAGAUGUGGAGAUUGUUCUCAGUUUUCCACGGGACUAUCUCUGUUUGUUGUCGGCCAAGUUUACGUUAUGCUUGGUAUAGUGUUAUUCCAUCAUGUAUCGGAUGUUCGGGGUUUGACGUGGAUGUUUUUUCCUUUUUUCCGGACAGGGUUACUAUCUAAGUCUCUUAUAGCACUGUUCGGAUUCUUCCUUGGUUUUCUAUUCCUUUCUCAGCGUUAAAAUGGCAAAAUAUGAAGCCUCCUGUCAUGUUGUAAAAUUGAAGAUUAUACUAGCUUUAGUGUACUAAUAAUCUUAAUUUUAGUAAUGACAGGAAGCGAGUAUUUUCCCACCCUGCUUUGCUCUCCCACCCUUUUUGUUCACUUUCUUUAUAUGUUUCACCGGUCUAAGAUAGAUAGCCCACUCUUAAUAUUUUGUGUUUACAUUGAUGAUUUUAUUUCCAUUGGCUUGGAAUUGUCAUUGGAGUUUUAUAUAAUUGUUGUUCAGUUAUCAGAUUGUAGUUUACAAAUUACUACUAUGAAGUGAUGUAUACUGUGUGUUACUUGGAUUUGCACAUUCAUGACUAUGUGUCUAAACCUGUCACACAAUCUCUUUUCAGUUUGAUUCAUCCCUGAAGACGUUUUGGUUGUUCAUGUGGAAUUCUCUGGAAGUUUGCUCCUUGGGAUGUUGGAUUUAGGAGUUAUUGUUAUUGAUUGUUAUAUGUUUGCUACUGCUUGAGGUCGCUGUCUGAAAGAAGUAGUGCUUAGGUCAAUAUACCUCAUGUACAUCCUACUCUCUUGUGAUUGUUUUUUUUUUCUAUGUGUUUCUUUGCUGCUGUGGAGCUAGUAAGGAGAGAUUAUGCAAAAUACUCACCUCCUGUCAUUACUAAAAGUAAUAUUAUUAGUACACCAAAGCUAGUAUAAUCUUCAAUUUUGAGAUCUGUAUAUAUUAUACUAAAACUAAGUUUUAUUUAAGCCUUUAUUAACCAAUGAAUUUGUAAAUUUGAACAUUGUUUUACAUGUUCUGAGAAAUUUCUUGCAGCUUCUUUAUUCAGAUAAAAACUUUGUUAUUUGUGCUCCAACUGGAUCUGGAAAGACCGUAAUUUUUGAACUAGCAAUUACAAGAUUAUUAAUUGAAGCACCAAUGCCUUGGUCUAACAUUAAAGUUGUAUAUAGUAAGUAUAAUCCACACUCCAUUUCUAAAACAAAAUUGUGUAAAGAAACAUUUUAAGCACUAUAUCCACCACAGCCCACUGGAGUGACUAUGGUACCAGGGUGCCCUGGCGCAAUCCUUUGGUAACUUACUUGGUUUAGGUGGCUGCAUUCAAAGUUCAAAAAACAAAAGUAAAAAACAUGAAAAAGGGAAAAUAUCUUCCACAUAUAGAUUUGAAUUAUAAAUUUCCACAUUUUCACCAUAAUCUGGAUCUAUCAGAAUAUGUCACAAUAAUGUUCAAGUUUGUGAAUCCCCACCAGAUAGUCAAUCCAGAAACUUGAAUGCAAUCAUCAAAAAGAAAAAAAAAAGGUUUCACUAUAAGUCUGCCACUGCUCGUUCUGUAAAAGUAAAAAAAAAAUUAUUUUUUUUAGAAAUUAUUAAAAAUAAACGAGCUUCCAACUGCAUCAGCUCCUUUCAAUCAACAUGUUUCAUGUCUAUUGACACUGUAUCAAGAUUACCCAGACCAACAGAUUCCCUGUCCUUUUAUCGCCUGGUAAAUGAGAAAAUAACCGGCACCUGGAAAUCAAAGUCAUGCCCAUCUCAUAGAAAGUUCCAAGAUGGAUAUGAUAAAAAACAAAAUAAAAUAAGAAAUCCACUCAGCAAGAAGAAAGGGAAAUUGUAUAUGAAAAUUUCAGAAAAUAAACAAAAAAUACCAGAUAUAUACACAUUAAUGUUACAAUUAUUAAAUUAAAGAACAUGUGAAACAAACAUAUCCAAAAAUCAUAACAUUAAAAACCUCCCAGUUUUCAUAAAUUGAUAUAGCACAAUACAAAUUUAGCACAUAAACAGCAUUCAACAUAUUGCAGAGUAUUUAAUACUGAGCAUUCAGUGACUCACAACUUUCUUUAUAUAUGUAGCAAAUGUUCAAUAUAGAAUAAUAGAUAUGAAAUGAACACAUAGACAUGAAAUGAUCAUAUAAACCUAAAUAAGAGAACCCGAUAUAACAUAACUAAACCCCUAAAGCAUACUCCAUUCCAGGCAAUAUUAUUGUCCUCCAAUAAAAUACAUUUUGAAAAGUAUCUAAACUAAGACACAAUAUGAUGUAAAAUAUCCAUAUAGUAUCUGAUUAAACUUUAUGAUACACAAUAAGAAUCUAAACUUACCUCACUGUAUCCACCCAAAAGCCACCCUACUCUCUCUAUCCUCUUACAGGCAUUCCUCAAAAUCAUUACAGUGAAAGUAUACAAGUACAUACCGUAUGUAAUAUGUAAAAUGUAAAAAAGUAAGAAAGUAGCCUUAGAUGGCAAACAGACACAUGCAAUAUAUGAGUGCCAGAGAGAGUAGGAGCUGUAGCCAGUAAUGCUGCGUUUUCUACAUUCAUCAUCUCCAAUAGGAGAAACUAAAUAUCUCUCGAAAAUAAAGCAUGGCCUAUGUAGGACUGUGCUCGUUAGGUAAGCGUGCUCAGCUGGCCUUUUCAGCCAAUGAGUAUUGUCCUGUUUGCUUCUAUAAGCCAAUGAAAAUUCUCUUGCUGGUAAAGUCUCAUUGCAUUGGAUACAGUCGCUAGUAAGUUGUUAAAUCGUUAUGAAAUGUUUCAACAUCUUGCCAGGGGAUGCCGCUAGGGCUCUCCUGGUGCCAUAACCAGUACAGCAGGUUCAGAUGUGUCAGAGUGCCCAUGAUGACCUCUGUAAACUGCUGAAAGUGCCUUCAAUUGGGACGUAAUUGUUAGAACUGGACCAUGGAUCAAUGGAAGAAGAUUUCCUUUAAGAUCACGUGGUUAGCCGGGUGGGUGUGAGUCAUUUACCUGGGAAAGAGAUGGCAGCAGGAUGCUCUAUUGGAAGGCAGCUUGCUCUGUGCAAUGUUCUGUUGGGAAACUUUAAGUUCUGGCAUUCAUGUGUAUGUUACCUUUACACGUAUCACCUACUUAGAGAUUGCUCCAGACUUCGUGCACCCCUUUAUAGCAUUGGUAUUCCCUGAUGGUAGUGGUAUCUUUCAGCAGGAUAAUUCACCCACACUGCAAAAAUUGUUCAGAAACGAUUUGAGGAAUAUGAAACCAGAGUUUAAGGCGUUGCCUUGACCUACAAAUCUUCAGAUCUGAAGCCGUUUGAGAAUCUAUGGGAUCUGCUGGACCAACAAAUCCGAUCCAUGAAAGCCCCACCUCGCCAUGCAGGGUCUGCUGCUAAUUACUUGGUGCGAGAUAACACAAGAAAUGUUCAGAAGUUUUGUGGAGUCCGUGCCUCAAUGUAUCAGAGCUGUUUUGGUAGCACGAGGGAGACCUAUAUGAUAUCAGGGAAAGGGUUUUAAUGUUGUAGCUGAUGAGUGUAUGAGCUUGCUUUAAGGAAAUCUAUUGAGUUUUUGUCCAUUCUCAUUGUUCAUGCAUAUUGGUUUUGGUUUAUUUGCUUCUUCUCUGGCUUCUUUAACUACAUAGAAUAUUUCUAGUUGUUGAUCCCUUGCUCACUGUGCCUGAAGGGCAUCAGCCACAUAGUUGUGGCAAAAGAGAGAUGAAAUAAAGAGGCAUUCUACGUAGCUUUUUAGUUCUUAUAGUUAGUGUAGUUAGAAUAAAAUGGUUGUGUCUUUUAAUGAUACUGUAAGUUCCACUUAACCAUACAGCUUAUGCUCCUAUGGUGAAGAAGUUUCACACUGCUGCUCCAGCACUUACCACAGCCUGUCCAAGGUGUUUGUGUGUGUGUUAGUGUAAUGGAUGCAGAGUGUGUGUCAGUGUAGUAAAUGCAGAGUGUGGGUUAGUGUAGUGAAUGUAGUGUGUGUGUUAGUGUAAUGAAUGCAGAAUGUGUGUAAGUGCAGUGAAUGCAGUGUGUGUGUUAGUGUAAUGAAUGCAGAGUGUGUGUGUGUGUGUGUUUACUAGUGUAUGCAUGUAAUGUAAUGAAAGAUAUUCCCCCCUCCCUGUUUCUUACCUGGUUCAGGGAGGGGGAAAGAUUCCAUCCCCGGUGGUCCAGUGGCAUGGUGGGGCCCCCGGCUCUCUAAAGCAAUCUGGGCCCCCCAGGACCGCCGGGCCCGUGACAACCGCCAUGGUUGUCACCCCCGAUGGCGGCCCUGGCUCUUCCUACUACUGGUACUGCUACAUCUGGAUGACUUGCAGCUACUGCCAAAUAAUUUGUUGAGGUUUGUAUCCACAUGAUGAUCUACAAAUGGCCUCUGUCCUUUUCAGUAACAGAACAAGCACAUAACUAUGGUUCUUCCUUUGGGGAGUCCUUCCUGUAAUAUAAAAUCUUAGCCUGCCCUAUAAGGAAAGUGCUACUGAUUGUCAAUGCUGCCAUGGAUAGCCAGGAAAUGUAUUUAUCUCUGGAAUGAAAAUUGUUUAAAAUGAAAGCUGUAGGAACAGAAUCUUUGGAGCAAAAAGUAAGAUGAGUAGAGUGAUCUUUAAAACUACAAAGAAGAAAAAGGUGCCAGUGAGUACAUGAAAUAUAACUUUUUUUCCAGUAGGAAUUUUACAGGAGACAACUGUUUUAAUAUGUUACUCAAUGUUUGAUAAUUUACUACCUUUUCUAUUUUCUUGAAUGCCUAUUCUUGACUCUGUAUGUGCCCUUGGUAUUCAGGCACAGUAUCAGUAUCAACCUUUGUGCUUGCCCUCACUAGAGUUUGUUCUAUAGCUGGUCUCACAUGUUAAUAGGUACACUAUAGGGUCAGAAACACAGACAUGUAUUCCUGACCCUAUAGUGUUAAAACACCAUUUAGAUGGCUUGCCCCCUUUUAAAAAGUAAUAUAACUUACCUUAUUUCCAGCACCCUGCGGGUCUUCCGGCAAUGGCCCCGCCCCGAUCCACCUCCUUGCUGACAUAAUCAGAAUGAAAUAAUUUCGGCCAAUCUAAUACUUUCCCAUGGGAAAAGCAUUGGAUAGGCUGAAAUUGGCAAGGAGGUGGGACUGGGGCAUGGCCAAACACGGCUUGGCCAAUCAGCACCUCCUCAUAGAGAUGCAUUGAAUCAAUGCAUCUCUAUGAGUAAAGUUCAGUGUCUCCAUGCAGAGCAUGGAGAUGCUGAAUCGCAGUGCUGUACAGUGUGCAGCACUGGCCCAGGAAGCACCUCUAGUGGCUAUCGGAGGAGUGGCCACUGAAGGUGUCCCUAGGGGGCUAAUGUAAACAUUACUUUUUCUAUGAAAAGGCAGUAUUUACAUAAAAAUGCCUGAAGGGAAUGCUUGUUUGCAUCAGAAAAACUACAUUAAAGGGAAACUAUAGUCACCUGAACAACUUUAGCUUAAUGAAGCAGUUUUGGUGUAUAGAAUAUGCCCCUGCAGCCUCACUGCUCAAUCCUCUGCCAUUUAGGAGUUAAAUCCCUUUGUUUAUGAACCCUAGUCACACCUCCCUGCAUGUGACUUGCUCAGCCUUCCAUAAACACUUCCUGUAAAGAGAGCCUGUUUAGGCUUUCUUUAUUGCAAGUUCUGUUUAAUUAAGAUUUUCUUAUCCCUUGCUAUGUUAAUUGCUUGCUAGACCCUGCAAGAGCCUCCUGUUUGUGAUUAAAGUUCAAUUUAGAGAUUGAGAUACAAUUAUUUAAGGUAAAUUACAUCUGUUUGAAAGUGAAACCAGUUUUUUUUUUCAAGUGAUUUAACUCCUAAAUAACAGUGAAUUGAGCAGUGAAAUUGCAGGGGAAUGAUCUAUACACUAAAACUGCUUUAUUUAGCUAAAGUAAUUUAGGUGACUAUAGUGUUCCUUUAAGCUACAGUGUCCCUAUAAAGAUCUGUGAAAAUUUCUUCACUUUUCUCCACUCCCUGGACCUGAUCCUUAAAUGUAUCUUUCAUUUCCUAGCAUGUUUUAAUACUCUGUUUAUUUAACAAAUAUCCAUUUGUGAGGUUUUAUUCUAGACACCACAACCUAAUCACACAAGUUGAAUUUGUUGCUUCUAUAUAUGUUUUUAUGUUAAAAAAAGGAAUCAGAUAAAACAAAUCAUUUUCAAUAUAGUAAUAAAGAUAUAAAUAACAAAAAUGUGUGUAUCAUUAUUAUGGAAUAGUGGCACCCAUGAAAGCUUUAUGUGGUCAACGAUUUGAUGACUGGAAAGAAAAAUUUGGACCCACUGGGCUAAAUUGCAAGGAGCUCACAGGAGAUACUCAGAUGGAUGAUCUUUUUGAGAUUCAGCAUGCUCACAUUAUUAUGACAACUCCAGUAAGUUAAAAAUGUAGCUGUAACCUGAUUUGUAUGUGCUUAAAUAGUAUAUAGUGUAGCAUUUGUUACAUUGUAUCCUCUGAAAUAUUUUUAUCGGUUAACCCUUAUAAUACUUAUAGCCAAAUUUGGGUACCCCUAGGCAGCUGGGUAGAAAUUAUACUAACUAUAUUUACUAUGAUUAAUUCCUAAUGAGAAUAAUGCCUAUAGGGUCCUGAAGAAUAGGCUUAAAUAUUAUAUUAUUAUUAUAUUAUUAUUAUUUUAUUAUUUAUAUAGCGCCAACAAAUUCCGUAGCGCUGUACAAUGGGUGGACUAACAGACACAUAAUUGAGAUCAGACCACUGACGUACAGGAACAGAGGGGGUUGAGGACCCUGCUCGAUGAGCUUACAUGCUAGAGGGAGUGGGGUAUAGUGACACAAAGGGUUUAAGUAGGGGAACUAAAUAGUUUGUUACAGAAGGGUUUAUUGAGUGCUUGGUAGGUCAUUUUUGACAGGUGCAGGAACGGAGUCAUGGGGUGGGGGAUGAGAAACCUGCUGACAGUUUAAUUGAUACGCUUUAAUGAAGAAGUGAGUUUUCAAAGAUUUUUUGAAGGAAUGGAGGCUGGGUGAAAGUCUGAUUGAGGAGGGAAGGGAGUUCCACAGAAUAGGUGCAGCCCUGGAGAAGUCUUGAAGGCGAGCAUCAGAGGUGGGGAUCCGGGCAGAGGAUAGGCGUAGGUCUUGGGCGCAGGGGUCUCGACGGGACAUACUUGUGUAUGAGGGAGGAUAGGUAUGUUGGAGCAGCAUAAUGUAGGGAUUUGUAAGCAAGCGCCAGAAUUUUGAAUUGGGCCCUAUAUCUAACUGGAAGCCAAUGCAGGGACUGACAGAGCGUGGAGGCGUGGGAGGUUCAUGCUUAGUAUGCCCUUUAUGAGUGCAACAUAAUCUAAUUAUAUGUUUUAUUAACUUCUCCAAUGUCUCAAAUGUUAUGAUUUUUUUUUCUUAAACAAAAAGUUAAGAGAUUAUUGCUUGCAUUAGUUUCUUGAUAUAGAAUCAACAAAAUGUGUGUAUUCCAACUAGGAAAAAUGGGAUACCAUGACCAGGAAAUGGAGAGAUAAUACUUUGGUUCAACUUGUACGUCUAUUUCUUAUUGAUGAGGUAAUUUCUACACUAUUACUAAGCUUCAAAGUAUUUUUUAUUUUAAUUUGUAACUUUUUUGGUUUUUUUUAAUGUUUAAAUUUUUUUAGAUGUUACUUUUCAAAGUGGAUAUAUUAAAAUGUAUUUCCUGGCUAAUCGUGGCAGCAUCACUAGUGGGUAGUUCUUCCUUGAGCCAUAUCACGAUAGGAAAUAAACCAAUAAAAACGAGACUGCGUUCAUAAAAGAUCCCUCCUACUCCAUACAGUAGUCCUUUUUCCUGUCCUCAGCCAUACAGACAGGAAUUUUGUUUUGAAAAGUCAUUUUGUAUGGACACCUUCCGAUGUGUACCAUGCGUCUCCCAGACACCUUUCAGCCUCUCUGUGUCUGAAGGGCUUGCCAGACUUCCUUAACGUUAGCAGAUGCCUCUUUUUUUGCUCCUUCGAUGAGGUGAACGAGGCUUAAAUGAUGUGCAGCCAAUUCACUUUACUUCCUUGUUUUAAUGGCGUCUAGUUAAUUUUUUUUCUAUUUUGAUGAUGCGAAUGACGUGUGGCGCAAUUCCUCUACUUCGUACUCAGAAUCAGACUAUUUAGAGGACAUCUCAGCUGAUGAAGAAGAUGACAUGGAUUAUGGUCCAAACUCAUUGGACUCUAAAUCAGUUGAGAAACUGAUUUAUCUCAUCAGAUAAACUCUUAGGAUUCUAGAGGAGAAAGCAGAUUCCAUGGAAUCUGCCAGAUUUUUAGAAAAUUUAAGAUCCCUGAGAUCCACUUUCCCAGUGCAUCCACCUAUUACAGGAAUUAUCACUGAGGAAUGUGGAAAACUGGAGAAAAAAGCUACCUUAAAGAACAAAACAACAAGAAUCUAACGCUUUGACACCAAAUAUUGUAAGUCCUGGACAACAGUUCCAAAAAUAGAUGCGGCAGUCAUCAAGAUACCAAAAGUACCACUCUCCCUAUAGACUCCAUGGCGUGUCUGAGAGAACCUGUGGAGAAAAGAAUGGAUGCCAAUUUAAUUAAUACAUUUUUAUCGCUCAGCUCUACAUACAGCAAUUGCCCUUACCACUUUUUCCAGGCUAUGAAUGUUUGGAUGGAUAAUUUGUAAGAUUACAUCUCGAGAGGAGUCAGAAGAGAGGACCUUAUUGAAAGCAACAUGGAUUUCAAACUAGCCAUGGAAUUUAACUGAGAUGCCUCCCUGGAUAUAACCAAGAUCAUAGCCCAUUUAUAGAGAGCAGAUUAUAUCUUUAAUUCCUUUCCUUCCAUUUCAGUGAUCUACUUUUCAGAAAGGUUUUGGAUGAAGCAAUCCAUAAAGCGACUGAUAGCUAAAAAGUCUUUAUACCACAGGGAAAAAAUCUUCAAACCAAUUUUCAUGGAGAGUUAGGAGAUUUUGCGACCGGUCCUUUCGCAAAAACAUAUCCUAUCAUCCGGGGAAUGAAUAUUCCAGAUACAAUACCUGGAAGAAUUUUCAAUCAUCAUUAUACUCUAAAUAAACCUUCUUGUGGGAGAGGAUACUGAACAUCACCUAAAACCUUCUGAAGGUAUACUGGUCCAGGCAGGUGUUAUCAGAGGAAGACUCCUUCACUUCUAUCCUGUCUAGACCAAAAAUAUUUUAGACAAUUGGGUUCUAUCUUUAAAGGAAGGAUACAAAUAGAAUUCAACACAUUUCCAACUAAAAGGUCCUUCAUAAAUGUAAAAGUUCCAGGAGGAGAAAAAGCAAAAGCCAAAAGACAAUGCAAAUCCAAAAUAUACUCCCAAGGAGUAAUAGAAGAUGUUUGUCACUCCGAGAUAUUCACUGGAUUCUAUUCAACAGUUUUCCAAACACCAAAACUCAAUGGGAAAUGUAUGUUGAUUAUAGACCUCAAAAACAUCAAUUUGUACUUGAAAGACCUUUCAAGAUGGAAUCCAUUUCCACAAUUAACCCUUUGAUCAAACCAGUUGACUGGCUAACAUCUAUAGGAUCCCAUAUUAUCAAAUUCCCAUCCACUGUCUCUGUUACAAGUUCUUCUGAUUUCACAUAUUCGGACCACAUUAUCAAUUCAAAAGCCUUCCAUUUGGGUUAAGCCUCACUCCCAGAAGUUUUUCCAGGAUUCUAAUUACUCUCAUAGUGUGUCUAAGAGUUUAAUGUAUAAGAAUCUUCCAUUACCUGGAUAAUAUCCUAUUUGUCGCUUCUACUCUACAAGCAGCAAUUUUCCACACCAAUCAAGCUAUGACUUGUCUCCGAGAUCACGGCUGGAUAAUCAACAAAGAGAAAAACUCAUUAACUCCAUCUCAUCGAACAGUAUUCCUGGGAGCUUCUAUAAACAUGAUCACAUAACAAAACCAAGAUAUCCCGAGAAAGAAUACAAAGAAUCAGGAACAAGCUUCAUCUAAUUCUCCCGAAAUCAUUGAUUACAUGAGCAUCUAGGGAUUUCUUUUUUUGAAUAUAUUUUUCUUUAUUGCAUUUUAAAAUUAUUUAACAAUCUUAGAAGAGGUACAGAUAAAUUAACAUACAUAGAGAUAUAGUGCAAGAAAGUACAAUACAGUUUCAGACAUACAGCCUACUUAGUAAAAUCAUAAUUGUAUGUUUCUAUAAGACAGUGAUAGCCACACAAGGAUUAUGUCUCAUCGAACAGUAUUCCUGGGAGCUUCUGUAAACAUGGUCACAUAAAAAAAUCAAGAUAUCCUGAUAAAGAAUACUAAGAAUCAGGAACAACCUUAAUUUAAUUCUCCUGAAAUCACUGAUUACAUGAGCAUCUAGAAGAUCUUUAACCUCCACUAUAGGACUGGUUCAUUUGGCCCAGUGGAAUACCAGGCCUAUCCAGAUGAACUUUCUAAAGCAAUUAAUCCCCUACAUAAACAGCUGGGACCAACAUAUUGGUGAUGGGGGCUAUUACCAUAGAGAAACCGUUGAUGAAUCUCCUGUAAUAGUUAGAGAAACCAAUAAACCUCUGUAUGGCUUUUAACCCACUGGGUAAUGGCCAUUGUAGAACGGCCUCUAGUUUGCGAGGAUCCAUUUGGAAACCAGAGGCAGAAUUGUUAUACCCCAAAAACUGAACCUCAUGUUAAGCAAAUACGCAUUUCUCAAGUUUACAAUAAAGACCAUUUUUAAGCAAAGUUUGUAAAACUUGUUUGACAUGAUCAUGAUGAGUUUGGAUGUCGGGGCAAUAAAUAAGGAUGUCAUCCAGGUAUACAAGCACAAAAGAGUAAAUGUAGUCUCUGAGUACAUCAUAAGCCUUGAAAUACGUCCGGAAGGGCAUAACAAGAUAUUCGUAGUGCCCACUCCUAGUGUUAAAUGCCGUCUUCCAUUCAUGAUCCUGCCUAACUCUCACCUAAUUGUACGCACUCCUAAGGUCAAGCUUAGUGAAGAUCUUAGCACCCUGGAGUCUAUCAAACAAUUCGGAUUUAAGGGGAAUGGGAUAGGCAUUUUUUAAUAGUAAUCUUGUUUAAUGCCCUGUAGUCUAUGCAAGGUUGUAAUUCUUCAUCUUUCUUAGAAACAAAAAAGAACCCUGCACCAGCAGGCGAGGAUGAUUUAUGUAUAUGGCCUUUACUUAAAGAUUCCUUGAUGUACUCAUCCAUGAUUUUACUUUCUUGUGGGGAUAGGGUAUAUACUGCUCCUUUAGGAGGCAUAGCCCCAGGCAACAGAACAAUGGAACAAUCGUAAGAUCUGUGUGGAGGAAGAGCAUUAGUCUGGCUUUUACUAAAUGCCUCUCUAACCUCCCAAUACUGUAUGGGAAUUUCAGAAGUCGGAGACGUAGCAUUCAGUGGUGUAUCCUGGUUUUGUGCUGCCCUAGGCAGGACAAAACUCAGGCGCCCCCCCCCCCCGCGCCAACACACACACUCACUGACACACAGUCAGACACACACAUACACACUAACAGACAAACACAGUCAGACACACACUCACUCACUAGCAGACACACACACACACACACUAACAAACACACACACAUUAACAGACACACACUCACAGGCAAAUACACACACACACACACUAACAGACACACACACUCAGACACACACAUACACACUAACAGACACACACACUCACAGGCAAACACACACUCACUGACACACAGUCAGACACACACAUACACACUAACAGACACACACAGACACACACACUCACAGCAGACACACACACACUAACACACACACACACAGACACACAGACACACACACUCACAGACACACACACUACACACUAACAGACACACACACACACACACACUCACAGGCAAACACACACUCACUGACACACAGUCAGACACACACAUACACACUAACAGACACACACACUCACAGGCAAACACACACUCACUGACACACAGUCAGACACACACACUAACAGACACACACAGUCAGACACACACUAACAGACACACACUAACAGACACACACAGUCAGACACACACUAACAGACACACACUAACAGACACACACAGUCAGACACACUAACAGACACAGUCAGACACACACAGUCAGACACACACUAACAGACACACACUCACUCACUCACAUUAACACAUUUUUUUUAUUUACCCCCCCUCCUCCCCCAACCUCCUUACCUUUGGGAGUGCUGGGGGGAAGGGGGGUUCAUUACCUCCCUGGUGGUCCAGUGGUUGCCGGCUGGGCUGGGCAGGGCAGGCGAGGGAGCUCUUCCUCUGAGCGGUCCGCUCAGCUCCCUCGCGCGCCGCAAAGUGAGGCUGGGAGCCGGAAGAUGACGUCAUCUUCCGGCUCCCAGCCUCACUCUGCAGCGUGCGAGGGAGUUGAGCGGACCGCUCAGAGGAAGAGCUUCCUCGCCAGCCGCCUGCCCAGCGCCGCCCGGUCAGUUAGCCGCAAGGCUAACAAGGCAUUUGUCUGGGCAUUUGGGGGCGGCGUUUUUUGCCGCCCCCUGAAAAAUGCCGCCCAAGGCAAAUGCCUUGUUUGCCUCGCGGCUAAUACGCCCCUGGUAGCAUUGGGUAAAGCAACAAUGCCCACUUUUUUUAGAAAUGGGUAACAUGCAGCUUUUCUGACAGUCUCUACCCCAUUCCAGUAUUUCCCCUCUAGUCCAGUCAAUAUGAGGGUUAUGCUUGAUGAGCCAAGGGAACCCUAAUACGAUGGGACAAGAAGAGAAGCGUUUAUCUGGAAAGUAAUGUCUUCCUUAUGCAAAGUUCCUAUCGUAUUGCAAAUAGGCAAGGUCUCACGGGUAAUAAGAGGUUAAGAUAGGGGUCUCCCAUCAAUAGCCUCAACCGCUAGAGGUGAUGAUCUCUCCUUGACUGGUAUAGUGUGUUUUUUAACAAAAUGCUAAUCAAUAAAGUUACCAGCCGUACCUGAGUCAACCAGGGCUUUGCAUGAAAAGUUCUCCUCGUUGCAAAAGGCGGAAAUGUCAAGGAGAAAUCUGCUUCGGGAAUUACUAGAGGACGUAUCCAUUACACAUAAGACCUGUCCCCUUAAGGUUCUUAGGUGCGGAAGUUUUCUGGACAUAUAGGACAAGCAUCUCUCAUAUGCCCCUUCUUGCCAUAAUAUAAGCACAGACCCUCUCUUCUCCUAUACUGUUUCUCUGCCUCAGUCCUGUAACCCCUAACUGCAUAGGUUCGGAUUCAGACCUCGUCGAGGGGUCAGUGACAACAGGUUUGGAGAAUCGAGGUGCCAUAGACAAACGUCUAGUUCUGUUUCUAGUAAUUUCCCUGGUCCUGAGUCUAUUAUCGAUCUGCAUCACAUUGGUAAUAAAGUCAUUUAACCCCUUAGGUAGGUCUUUGGCAGCAAUUUCAUCAAGUAUAACUUUGGAUAAUCCUUUUUUAAAAGCAGCGAUUAAUCCGUUGUUAGUCCAGUCUACCUCAGAUGCCAAGGUAUGAAAUUCUAUGGCAUAAUCCGAGAUAGACUGGUUCCCUUGUUUGAUAUGCAUUAGGGCAGUGGAGGCGUAUUCCUCUCUGCCUAAUGGUUCAAACGUCAGUUUGAAUUCCGCCAGUAAUUCCUGGUAACUCCUAUUACUUUCCCACAAUGGAUUAGCCCAGGUUAAGGCCUUACCUUUAAGUUGGUUCAUCAGAUACCCAAUCUUAGCAGGGCAAUGAGCAAGAGGAGAGGUGGGUUUAAAGACCCCUCCUGUGGAUCAGAUUGGCUGUAACCAGCCUUUGACCCCAAAGGCAAAUACCAGGUUUACAUGUGCUUGAUUGCUGCUCGGCACAUCUUUUCAUGUCAGGACAGUAAUAUUGCUCUGCACCACUUUUCCUGUGAGGACAGUAAUGUUGCUCAGCACAACUUUUCCUGUCAGGACAGUAAAUGCCAUUAACCACAUUUUUAUGUGCAGAUGAAUACGUGACAGCGGAGAAGGCGUUCAAUAGGGGUCACUGGAGCUAUUUGGUGGAAGCUCUGCUCAAAUUUAAUAUACCCCACCCCCUUUCUUAAAGCAAUUUUUGCAUUAUAUCAAAACCCGACUGCAAAAGUUUCUGCUACAGGUUUCACCUCUGAUAUUUUUCCACUAAGUAAUGGAACGCGACAGGGUUGACAAUGUCCAAGAUAUUAUUUGCAUUAGUGAUGGAACCAUUGGCCGCAUUGAUAAGGAAAUCACCAUAGAUUAAGGGAAUUUCAGUAAAAAAAUACUGAAUAUAAAAUAGGUCUCUUCGCGGAUGAUAUUAUCUUAUCUUUGGCAGAACCCAAAACUUCAGUUGACUCCCUAAAUUCUAUAAUACAAGAUUUUGGAGAAGUCUCAUUUUACAUACUCCAUACAGGGAAAAUGCAGGCUCUACCUAUACACAUUCCUUGGUGUAAUCUGGAUGAUUUUAAAACUAAAUUUGACUUUGACUGGAGAGACUCAUUCAUUGAUUACCUUGGAAUAAAACCAUGCAAAAAUGUAAACCGUAUGUACACAUUUAAUCUUAAAAAAGCUUGGCCAAUAUUACAAAAUGAAAUGUAAUAAUUUGGAAGUUUCUUGGUUAGGUAAAAACAUCUACUAAAAUGAACAUCUUACCUAAAAUACUAUUCCACUUGAGAACUAUUCCCUUGUCAACUCCGAAGAUAUUCUUUAAAACAGUACAAUAUGCUCUAAUUAAGUUUAUAUGGGGAAAUAAGAUGAGCAGAAUCAAUUUUUUUUGAGAUGGAAAAUUAUAGGAUGUCACCAUAUUCUAUUAAAGAAAUACUGUGGCUUCCGAUGUCUGGGUUACCCAGGAUAGCUGAGAUGUUUCCCACUACUAAGAUUACCAUCAAAGCUUGGGAUACUGUGUUUAAGCUAGUCGGCCCUUCCUCUGGGUGGUCACGAAUAAUGCCGCUGUCUGUAUUAAAACUAAAUUUUCCUGAUUUAAAUUUGGAGAAUUGGCACACUAAAUCAAUUCAAAAUUUAAAUGACUUUUUCUCUUUUUGUCUUUUAUGAAACUUCAAGAUAAAUUCGGCCUAGAAGAUAAUAUGCAAUUAGAACACAAAUUAAUUAUUAACAAAAUGAAAGAUACAUUUUUCAUUCAAAAUUUAGAUCAAAAUUAUACAAAAAAUGCAUUAUCUGAUCUGAAAAAUACAUACUUACAUAACCCUAAUAAACGCUUUACUAUAUCUCAUUUCAGUUACUCUUAUCUAAUGCCCACACCUAGAUUAAAAGAUGAUUAUAUGCUUGCAUGGGAAAAACAUAUGGGAGCUUGUUAUGACCUGGAGGAAUGACUUAAAUAUGUACCAACUCUUAAAGAAGUUACUCUGUGCUCCAGUCAUUGGGAAAAACAUUUCAAAAUAAUUUAUAGAUGGUAUUUAUCCCCCUAUAGGUUAAAUAAAAUGAACACCAGAUAUUCAGAUAAAUGUUGGAGAAGAAAUACAUAAAUUAAUCCAAAAAGUAAAUUCUAAUAUUCCUGUACUAACUUUAGAAUUGGCUUUAUUCAAAUUCUUUCCUAAUACUAUUGAAAAUAAAUGAUAAAAUUAUAAUUGCGAGCAAAAAAACAGGGCGCAAGAGUAUUCUGAGAACGGGCAGCAGCUGAAACAGCCUGCCCUUCAGUGGGUCCCCGCUCAGAUCUCAAGCUGGUUUUAGCUCAUCUUGUGCCAUUACAGAGAGAACAUCUCUGAAACAUAUCAGACUGGUCACACCCAUAUGGGCAGUCCAGAUCUGAAAUGCCAGCAAGUUCCCUCUGCACGAGAGACACAGCAACCCCAGACAAUCGUUUCAGCCUUGUUAGGCAUCAUCAGUGAGGCAUAGCUGAUAUCUCUCUAGGCACUGUAAGCAAGAGAGCCACAUCUGGAUUACCCUUUAAACUUAUGGAGAGCAAAUAAACAGGGCGCAAGAGUAUUCUGAGAAUGGGCAGGAGCUGAAAUAGCCUGCCCUUCAGUGGGUCCCCACUCAGAUUUUUUAAAAUUAGAAUUGGACAUAUCCUUUUAGCUGCUACUAUGGCCAUCCCCAGAUACUGGAGGUCACCAACAAUCCUUACUAUUAAAGAAAUUUUUAAUUAUAUACUUGAAAAUAAGGGGUACGAAUUGACUCUCAGACAACCUUCAUUGCAGUUACAUAGCCUUAGACAGUACUGGGACGAAUGGGAAAUAAAGAUUAAAAGAGAAUAUAGGUUUUGAUUGCUCAUAUAAAGAAAUGUAUUUCAAAAAGUUUAUGUCCUGUCCUGAUCUGGCUGGGGGAUACUACCCAUUAGUGAUGCUGCAAUGAUUAAUAGCCAGGAAAGGAAAAUUAUUAAGUAAGGCAUAAUUUUCCCCUAAUUUCACAACACUUUACAUUGUUGUGAUGUACAUAGCUGUGUUAACCUUUGGAGAUGGAAAUUUAUAUUUUGAUCACUGAUAGAUAAAUUCUUACAAACAUAUGAAGGUAUUUAUUAAAGGGACACUAUAGUCACUUAAAAAAACUUCAUCUUAAUGAUGCAGUUUUGGUGUAUACAUUAUGCCCCUGCAGUUUCACUGCUCAAAUAACUGCCAUUUAGGAGUUAAAUCUGUUUGUUUGUGCAGCCUUAGGCACACCUCCAUGCCUGUGACUUGCUCAGCCUUCCUAAACACUUCCUGUAAAGAAUCAUCUAAUGUUUAUACUUCAUUUAUUGUAAAUUCUAUUUACUUUAGAAUCUCUUAUCUCCUGCUCUGUUAAUAGCUUGCUAGACCAUGCAGGAGCCUAUUGAAAGUAAUUAAAGUUCAAUUUACAGAGCAGGAGAUAAAAACUUUUAAAGUAAAUUACAUCUGAUUGAAAGUGAAACCAUUUUGGUUUCAUGCAGGCUGUGUGAGUCACAGCAAGGGGAGGUGUGGCUAGACUGCAAAAACAGAACUAAAAGUGAUUUAAUUUCUACAUUGUGAAUAAUUGGGCAGCGAGACUGCAGGUGUAUGAUCGAUACACUAUAACUGCUUCAUUAAGCUAAAGUUGUUUUGGUGACUAUAGUAUGCCUUUAAAUCUGAAUAACAUAAUACAUUGAAAAAAACAUUAGGAAAUAUGCAUGUAUGCUAUUACAGGAGGGAUGUCUGAUGUGUCCAUUCAGUGUUGUAUAUUAAUAUAAUUUAAUCUUCUACUGUAAUAAAUCAAAUGCCUCUUCUUUUUGUUUGUGUGCAUAUGUUUGGUUCUCCUUCCUGUAGGUGCACACAUUGAAAGAUGAAAGUCGAGGAGCGACUCUUGAAGUUGUAGUUAGCAGAAUGAAAACAAUGCAAUCUUCUAUUUCACGGAUUUCCAAGGAAUCUGAACUACAUGUACCUAUAAGAUUUGUGGCAGUCUCUGCAACUAUUCCAAAUGCUGAAGAUGUAUGUUUCUACCAUAAUGAAUAUUGUGAGCUGAAGUAUUAUUUAUAUUAUCAUACCUCCAGGGGGUAUUUGAGAAAUCACAAGACCCCAGUGUUAUAAGAGAUCAAAUGACCCUCCCUGGUGCAAGGAAUUCUGGCUGCACAGAGUGUCCACUUUGGUCUCACUCUCUCCCACAUUACUCAAUAUCUGUCACUGUCCCAUCUUUGACUAAAAUCUUCAAUAUCUUUUUCCCCUGACAUUUUCCCAUCAUCCUUUAAACAUGCACUGAUCACACCCAUACUAAAGAAAAAACAAAAAAACCUUCUCUUGACCUAUUGUCCUCUCUUCUUGUCUUUGCCUCCAGGUUCCUUAAAAGGUUUGUGUAUACUCAACUUCCAGACUAUGAACUCCAAAUCCUUACUUGACCAAUUUCAUUCUGGCUUUAAUCCAGACUCAAUCCUAAUAGUUAAUCCAGCUUCAAUCCUAACAAUCCACAGAGACUGUCCUGACCAAAUUGACUAAUGAGUUAAUGGCAGCAAAAUCCAAAAGCCUUUAUUUGUUACUUAUUCUUCUUGAUCUUUAUGACACUCUUGACCACCAGCUUUUGCAACUCAUCCUUCACAACCUUGACAUCACUACUCACUUGACCUCACUACUCUUUCCUGGUUCUCUAUCUACCUCUCUAGUUGCACCGUCAGUGCCUCCUUCUCUGGUUCUUCCUCCCCUUCUGUACCUCUCUGGCAGAGUUAUUUAGGGCUCUGUACUAGGACCUCUUUUUUCUCAAAGCCCAGCACUUACAGUGUAAGAGUGUAGCCUUGGUAACAGGAUACAGCUAUUCUUGGGCAAGAUGACGGACCCCCAGGUCAGUCUGAGUGGUAUUAAAUUUGGGGUUGGUGCAUAACAGUAGUCAAAGAAGAAGGUAUUUUGUAGAGCGAAGGGAACAAGAAGAGUUUUAUUUUUUUGAGUAAAGAGCGAAUGUAGUGAGGAGUUAGUGAGGGCUGGCAGCAUUCAUUACAGACUAAAAAGAGGCAAUGCAGAUAUUUGGAAAGUGAAUGUGUAGUGUUUUGCAAUAGUGAAGUCAGUCAAAAAACUCUGUAAAAUAAUACAAUGUGAGCAAGAUAUUACUUUGCUGCAGAGGGAUUUAGAUAGACUGGGACUGGGCACUCAAAUUGCAGAUUAAAUUUUAAUGUUGAAAAAUGCAAAUUAUGCACUUUGGCGUAAAGAAUACACAAGCAACGUAUACCCUUAAUGGAAGCGAAUUAGGGAUAACAACACACGAAAAGGACUUGGGAAUUGUUAUAGACAACAAACUAUGCAACAAUGUGCAAUGUCAAUCAGCAGUGGCCAAGGCCAGUAAGGUAUUGUCAUGCAUGAAAAAGGGCAUUCAUUCUCGAGACGAGAAUAUAAUUGUGCCUCUUUAUAAAUCACUGGUAAGACCACAUAUUGAAUAUACUGUGCAAUUUUGGGCACCUGUUCUAAAGAAGGAUAUUAUGGCACUAGAAAAAGUGCAGAGGUGGGCUAUAAAAUUAAUAAACGGAAUGGAACAUAUCAGCUACGAAGAAAGGUUAACAAAUUUAAACCUAUUUAGUUUAGAGAAACGAAUAAGUGCUUUAGUUGUAUCUAGAGUUAAAAAAGGGCAAAUUUGGGUGAUAUUUUUAAAGUGGAAUUUACAGUUACAGAAGCUUAGAAGUAAAGGGGUGUAGUGUUAUGGGAUGAUACCUAGAAGAAGAAGUAGGGUCAAUAGAUGACUUUGAGAUAGGAUUGAUGAUUGCAUGUUUGAGAGAAGUGGGGAAGAUGCCUGUAGACAGAGAGAGGUUGAAAACAUAUGCUAGGGAUUGGAUAAGGUGAGAGAGGAGGGGAUCAAGAUGUCAUGUAGUGGGACAGGAAGGCUAGAAGACGUUUAGAGACCUCUUGCUCUGAGACAAGGAAGGAGUUAAGAGUUGAGGAAGGAACAGAAUGGAAGCAGAGCAUUGGACAGGAGGAGGAGAGAGGGGAGAUUACAUUUAUAAUUUGGUUGACAUCCAAACUCACUAGCAGUGAAGUUAGUUAAUGGCAGGGUUGCAGUGUGGCAGAAAAGGGAGUUAGAGGUAUGAAAAAGGCAUUUGGGAUCAUGAGAGGAGAUGGAGAUGAGAGAGGUGAAAUAAUCUUAGUUGGAAAGGCAGAGGGAAAACGUAGAAAUGGUAUGAAUUAUUAAUGUAGCAAGUCAAGUGUGGUACAAGACUUUCUCCAACAAUGUUCUGCAGUACAGGAAGAUGCUGGAGAUAGUGAAUUUCUUGUGGCAGAGAUGAAGGCAUGACUGAUAUUUAGCUCUAGCUGCUGUGUAAACUUAAAUUGUUGCAUUUCCACUCCAGUUGUAGUGAAAAGAAACAGUUUGUGUUAUAGAGCUGUGCUGGAUGCCGGAUGCUGUUUUUUUUUUUUUCCAUUAAUUCUUCCUGUAAGUUUAAAUAUCACUACUUAUUUUAAAAAUAUAUAAUAUACAAUACAAUUUACAACAGUGACUAAACAACUUUGUAAUGUGGAAAAAUAAAGGAAGUAAAAUUGUAUUUAUUAAUUGGAAGGUGAUUUUAUAGAUAAAUUUGUAAACAUUUAUUGUAUAUACAUGAUUUAAGAUCAUUUUAGUUGAUAUGGUUAUAGUUAUAUAUUUGAUAUCUUAUGAUAAUGGUGAUUUUAAAAGCAUAGUUGUUAAAUGUGUAAGACCAGUUUACAACAUUAAAAUAUCAAAUUCUUUGGUGUGUAAUUAUAUAUAUUUUCUCAUUAUUUAGAUUGCUGAAUGGUUGUCAGAUGGAAAACAAUCUGCCAUUUGUAUGAAAAUGGAUGAAACACAACGACCUGUAAAGCUUCGCAAAGUAGUUCUAGGGUUUCCUUGCAGCAAUAACCAAACAGAGUUUAAAUUUGACUUGACCCUUAACUACAAAAUUGCUGGUGUAAUACAAACAUAUUCAGACCAGAAACCAACUCUUGUAGUAAUCAUAAUUUUAUAUUACAUACUAUAAAGUUAGUGUUUUAAUGUAAUUUUGACUCUUCUGUCAAUUUACACCCUCAUUUUGUCUUUUUUUUUUUUUUUUGCUUCUGUAGUUCUGUGCUACAAGGAAAAGUGUGCAACAGGCAGCUGCUAUCCUUGCAAAAGAUGCCAGGUUUAAUAUGGGUAUUGAACAUAAACAAAGGUGGGUGUAUGGAAGUCAGUAGGUAUUUGUGAACAGGUGAUACAACAUGUCAGAAACGUGAAACCAAUAUUCUUUCCCUUAUUUACAUGCAAGUCAAUUAUUUUUAUUUGUCGAAUAUAUAAAUUGGAUGUAUUAAUUUAAAAAACAAAACCAACUUGUCUGGUAUUUUGGACUGGGACUGCUACUGUGGGUAAGAAAAGUGUGAAUUUUGGAUUUUUCUCCAUUGUAAUGGCACAUGUGUUGGUUAACAACUCUUUGGAGUUGGAGUGCCUUAUGCACUUUUUAAAAUAUAUUUAUAAGAAUCCUGAUGACGCAGAUCAUUAGUUAAUUGUUUAUAAAUGAUGUGAUCUAUUUGGAUUUUGCCAAGGCAUUUGAUAGAGUUCCACACAAUAGAUUAGUGUUCAAACUCAAGGAAAUCGGUCUAGAUGAAAAUGCUGGGUGGCAAGUGGUGUCCCUCAGGAGUCUGUUCUGGGACCCCUUCUAUUUAACAUGUUUAUAAAUGAUCUUGAAGAAAGCAUUGAAAGUCAUGUUUCAGUGUUUGCAGAUGACACAAAACUCUGUAAAAUAAUACAAUGUGAGCAAGAUAUUACUUUGCUGCAGAGGGAUUUAGAUAGACUGGGUGACUGGGCACUUAAAUUGCAGAUUAAAUUUAAUGUUGAAAAAUGCAAAGUUAUGCACUUCGGCGUAAAGAAUACACAAACAACAUAUACCCUUAAUGGAAGCGAAUUAGGGAUAACAACACACGAAAAGGACUUGGGAAUUGUUAUAGACAACAAACUAUGCAACAAUGUGCAAUGUCAAUCAGCAGUGGCCAAGGCCAGUAAGGUAUUGUCAUGCAUGAAAAAAGGCAUUCAUUCUCGAGACGAGAAUAUAAUUGUGCCUCUUUAUAAAUCACUAGUAAGACCACAUAUUGAAUAUACUGUGUAAUUUUGGGCACCUGUUCUAAAGAAGGAUAUUAUGGCACUAGAAAAAGUGCAGAGGUGGGCUAUAAAAUUAAUAAACGGAAUGGAACAUAUCAGCUACGAAGAAAGGUUAACAAAUUUAAACCUAUUUAGUUUAGAGAAACGUCGCUUGAGAGGGGAUAUGAUAACAUUAUACAAAUAUAUUCAGGGCCAAUACAAACCAUUUUGUAGAAAUCUAUUCACAAACCGGACUUUACAUAGGACACUAGGUCAUGCGUUUAGACUGGAAGAAAGAAGAUUUCGUCUAAGGCAAAGGAAAGUUUUUUUUUACUGUAAGAACAAUAAGGAUGUGGAAUUCUCUGCCUGACGAAGUGGUUUUAUCAGUGUCCAUACAGAUGUUCAAACAGCUUACUUGCAAAAACAGAAUAUUCAAGGAUAGAAUCUUUCAAUGUAGGUUAAUAACGGCUUUAUCCAAGGUUAAAUCUGACUGCCAUUCUGGGGUCAGGAAGGAAUUUUUUUCCUAGCUUGUUGCAAAAUUAGAAGUGCUUCAAACUGUUUUUUUUCUUUCUUUCUUUUGGAUCAACAGCAAAAAACAAAUGUGAGGAAGGCUGAACUUGAUGGACGCAAGUCUCUUUUCAGCUAUGUACCUAUGUAACUAUAUAUGUAACUAUGUUCAACUCAAAUAGCAAUUAAUGAUUUUCAUUCAUCCCUGGUCUUUAUGGAAUGAGGGGUCCAUCAGGGCUUUCUAUGAUCUUUCAUUCUUUUAAACCUUUCUCUAGAUCCUUUGAUGCAUAUUUCGAAUGACCAGUGCAGCGUACAACCCAACACGCAGAGUGAAAUCCCACAGGGAAAUAAAUGGAAACACAUAGAAAGUCCCUAAACCGGUCCUUUGAAUGGCCGGAUAAAGAAUAAUAAUAAUAAUUCAAACACUAAAUCGAGACACAAAAGCAGAGUCAGGGGAGCCAGAGAUACACAAGAAUGAUUAGCAAAGCCGAGUCAAGGGAACCAGAAAACGGAGUAGUCGAGAGCAAGCCGGGUCAAUACCAAAGAAUACCAAAAAGGACAAAAUAAUGCCCUAUAGGGACACUAGUAACAACAGGGCCCUGUGCCUUGGGCAAACUGAGUUUUUAUAUGUUUGAUGGCGUGGCUAGCAUAACCACGCCCCCAAAAUGUUUGAGUGUACUGAGCUCUAUUGAUUAGAGCUCCCGCGACGUCAUGACGCCGACACGCGUGCGCCGCGUCAUUAAAAAGGGGCGGUGCACAGUGUCUGGCGUCUGAGAGGCUGACUGGAGCCUCUGACAGCAUGGGAGUGGCAGCAGAUCGGCAGACCGCCAGGGUGAGUACAGGGGAUCUUACAACCAGGAUAUCUCCAUCAGGGGCUAUCUAUUGGUACAAACCAAAUAGACAGAACAGCAUUAGUAGAUUACAUUUUUCUUUAUAAAUUUGAUUUUAACAAAUACCUUUAGAUCUUAUGCAAAUGAGUACCAUAUUUUUGCAUGUAUAAGACGACCCCUAUUUUUUGAGCCCAAAAUUAAGAAAUCAAUCAGUGAUAUUCCAUGUAUAAGGCUAUUCCCAAUUUUACACUAAUUGUUUUUUUAGAAAAAACAUAGUCUAAUACAUGGAAAAAAUACAGUCCUUUUUUUGGCCCCAUUUUAGGCUAUCAUAUUAAUUGGUAUAAAUACUCAACCUUUGGCCUUGUUCCACAUCCCAAAUGUCCAAAGGUUGAGGGUGGGUCUGACACAGCUACAGCAUUCUCAAUUUUAUGUAGGCCUCAAUAUCCUUCAUAUAUUUGAAAAUAACUUAGCAAUGAGAUACUGCCAUGCGUUGGACUGGAUUUUGUGAAAGGAUAUAUUUUCUAAUUGCUUUAUGGACCAACAAUUAUGUAUCGAAAUCCAACUAACUAACUUGCUUCACACACCAUUCUUGCAAUAACCAGAGAGUGUUAAAUAUUACUUCCUUCUACCAAAUCCUUGCAAUAUGGGGAGGAGGGAAAUGAUUGUUUUAGGAGUGUUCUUGGAUAAAAGAAUUCUGGGAAGAAGUACGAACUUAUCUUGGAUAAUCAGGCCGCAUGCUGGCACUAAUUGUUCACCAAUUGGCACUAAUUGUUCACCGUUCCAAUCAGGACCUCACAAAAGAAUCCUAGAUGUGGAUUAUACCACUCACACCUUAUACAUUGAGCGGUCUGCCUAUUUAAUUAAAUGUGAGGAAAAAUUUCCUAUAUAUUCCUCCCGGUUCAGCCUACACAGAGAGUACUAUUGUUGUUGUUUUCUAUUAAUUCUGGGUUUUAUGGUCCCCAUAGUGCUGUGAUAUCUGCUUACUCUAUCAUUGCACAUAUCCUAUAAGCGGGAUUAUACCACUGUACACCAUCCAUGCUGGAGCUGGUUCUAGCUCUAGAAAAUGUGAGUAGGACUACAUAAGAACUACAAAUUAUUAGUAUUAUUUUUAAUUCUUUAUUUUUGGUGGGUCAACGUGUAUUGUACUUGUAACAGAAUGUAUCGUAUGCAUUUGUUAUAUAACGUUUAUGUUACAUGUGGUAUUUAAUAUUUGACUUGCAUGGCUAUGGUUAUUUAGGUUGUUGAGUAUCUCUGCUUCUCUAGCAUUCCGACAUCAAUGAUUUUUUAUAAUAAAGUACAAACUUUGACAUAUGAACUUGUCAUUUCAAAACACUUCACCUGUCUGCCACAGGUGUUGCAAUUGGUGUGUAAGAGAUAAAGAUAACAAUAUCGAAAAGAGAAAAGUAGAAAGGAGAGAAGAAGAGAAGAAAACAAAAAGGUCAUAUGGCCAGAGCUCAGGGUGUAAAGGUCAUUCAUGUAUGUUGCAGGUUGGUUUCUGCUAUAGGAAACGUGUAGCAUACACAGUGGUUGGCCUGGGUUUUGUAUCUUCCCUGGGUUCGUGUCUCACUGAGCCAGAGGGUUGGGGUCAGAAUUCUUGUUACUGGGUUUAGGGGUAUACCAUCUCGCCCUCCCAGCUCCCACUUCCCCUAGUCCCUCAAUCCCCAGCCAUCCACAACUCUCAUUACUUUUCAUACGAUUCAAUCGUGCCUCUAACUUGUGCUUUUAGGUGGUCCAUAAUAUGUGUGUCUUUAAUUUUAUGGAUUACAGUGUCCAUUGAGGGGGUGUCGGGUUUGAGCCAUACUUGCGCCAUGGUUCGCCUGACCGCCAGGGUGAUUUCCAGGGUGAUUUUUUGAAGUAAUUUUUGUUCCUUUCUUGGCCAGUUGUCUAUUGAUCUGGACAGCAGGAACACCCAUGGGUCUCUUUUUACCUGUCUGUGAAAUACCUUGUCUAACAGGUCUCCCACCUCCCAGAAUGACCGUGGUCCACGACAGUCACAACACAUGUGUUUGUAUGUCCCCCUGUGGCUACAUCCCCACCAACACAGGUCGUCCGGGGUUUGGCGCAUAUGGUAUAACUUUACCGGGCUAGUAUACCAUCUGAGUAUGGUUUUGUACAUCUGUUUCUGUUGGGUGACACAAUUUUGUACUCUCUAGUACCUUGCCAAGAUCCGAUUCCAUUGGGCAAUGUAGUGUAAUUGUACCCAGUCAGUGUCAUUGGAGCUCAGAUGGACAUACAAGGAGAUAGAGUCCCUUUGGAGGGUUUUCUUUGAGACACAAUUUUUUAAAACCUUUUACUAGGUAUCUGAAAAAGUCAGCGGGUUUUAGUGAGGCUUUUUCCUUCAGUGCCUUGAAAGUCAAAAUUUGGUCUCCCUCGUUUAAGUCUAUCGCCCUCUGUAAUCCUGUGUAUUUGUAGUCGUGUGCUUUCAUUCCCGGGGGAAUGCCCUAUUUCUCAGUAUCGACAUCAUUGGUGAGGGUGAUGUAGUUAAUUUAUAUGGGAUCUUAUUUAAUUACUAUUACAUUUUAUAGGGAGAGGCAGGGAAAAAUGUCUGACAAACAUAUGAUGCUUUUUUUUACUUAAAGAUAAUUUAGGAAGGGAUCAAAUAUGUUUACCCUUUGUUAAGCUUGAGCUGUGCCCGCUAGAUUGGCACUUUUUCAUAACUUUUUAGAUUUGACGCAUGAUGACUGCCCAACUUAAAAUUCUUUCUUAUAAUGUCAAGGGUUUGAACCAUCCGCAUAAGAGACGUAUGGCGAUCUAAGAUAUGCAUAACUGAGAAGCAGCAAUUGUAUGUUUCCAAGAAACUCAUUUUUGCAAACGUAACCCCCCUCAGUUAAAAUCUCAGAAAUAUCCUAAGGCAUUCCACGCUUACUCUCCAUAUAAUUCAAGAGAUGUUGCUAUUUAUUUUCAUGUGGAUUGGUCCUUCACUCUCGAAAAAUUAUAUGAUUAUAAAAACGGUCGGACCCUGAUCUUAAUGGGCACUCUGAAUGGCGUACCACUAACUAUAGUAAACCUAUUUGCACCCAAUGAAUCCCACCAACCCUCUUUUCAAGGUGCAUUCUGCAAGAUCACACAGAUCAAGAAGGGACAUCUCAUUAUAUGCGGGGACUUUAACAGCACACUAGAUCCCUUACUGGAUAUACAGAGAAGUCAUAACUCUGGAGAGCUUAAUUUCAUCUUAGUCGCUAUUUAGUGAACUUACUUCAUACUAAUGAUUUGAAUGAUACAUGGCGUAAUUUAUACUCCUCUACGCUUAUUUUUCCCAUAUACAUACAUCAUACUUAUGUAUAGAUAUGUGCCUUGUGGACAAAUCCACCAUUUCCAAUGUCUCAGAUGUUACCAUAGGUUUAUGUACAUGGUCAGACUGUUAUGGAAUCAAUCAAAUAAUUGAUAAUCUUGCAUAUCUGCCCCUUGCCAAAUUGAAGUAUGCGUGCACGCUCCUGAAGUAAUUCACACCAGACACAAGUUUAGGUUAAUGAAAAACUUGAGUAAGAGUUUAUUCCAGGGGACGGCAUGCCCCUUAUAAAGCAGAAUUACAUCAUAUGCAUUGUCAGAGAUAACAGAGAAUAAUACAUCAAUAAUUGGUUAGGUGUUAAGUGGUUCAUUUAUUGCUCUUCCUACCAGGUGUGAUGUCACAGGCAACAUAGACUUCUCCCCCAGAUUCCAGCGCCAUCUUUGUUAAUGAGGGUGUUAGUUGAUGACAAGGGGAAACUCCCUAGUGGCCAUUUUAGGUAAAUCAUGGAUAAUACUGAUUAUGGUUAUGCUGAGUAAAUAGGCAUUUUACUAACAUUAAUUGGGUUAAUAUUUUUGUCCACAACAAGCCCAUGCUCCUGUUAAAAUCACUCUUAUGCCACCUCAUCCAUCUCUAGGAAGGUGCAAAUGGAGGCUAAAUGAAGCAUUGAUAGAUACCCCUGAAAAUUGCAUUAAAAUAGAAACUGCCUUAAACAACUAUUUCAGUGAAAAUAUCGUCCCUACCUCAAAUACUGAAGGCAUUUGGCCGGCCCAUAAAGCUGUUAUACGCGGAGUCCUUAUACAAUUAGGUUCUCUUGCUAAGAGGAAAGUAAACAUAACCCAGUCAUGACUCCUUAAAAAUUUAGCCUCUCUUGAGACUCAAAAUAAAAGGGCACCAAAUAAAUCUCUGGUUAAAAAAAUAGCUAAAAAAUUGAAAUUAAUUUAUCUGCAAACUAAAUUCCUUAUAUCAUCUCUAAGUCAGGGACAAAACUUUACAAUCCCCAACAUAUUGUCGAAUAAUUGGCACUAUAUUAUAAAGGAUAAUAUAACUUAAAGGACGAUUCAAUCACUUAUAUUCCUACAAGAGAGGCUAUUGAGGAGUUUUUAGGGAAAAUGCAACUUUCAUCCCUUACUAAUCCAUCCCUUACUAAUCAACAAGCCUUAGAACUUGACACACCAUUUACUGAAGAAGAAGUGCGAAGCGCAAUUAAAACAAUGCCCAAACAUAAAGCUCCAGGUCCAGACGCCUAUCUAAUUACUCCUAUAUAA